CCUGAAUGAUGCCUCAUGAAAAGAACUAUUUGGACAGUGAGUACAAUGUAUCUACUCAUACAUUUAUAUAAUUGUUCGAAAGUAUUGCUGGGGUAUCGGCCGACACUUUGUAUUUCUCACUUUUGUAACAUAAGGAAAGUGCGACUAUGUAGAAGUUAAAUUCUGCAGCCUGCAGGUAAUAAAUCAAAUGCUAACUCAAUCGGGAUUCUUGCAGCACAUCCAUUCUACAUACAACAGGGUAGCAUUUUCAUGUACUGGUAAGGAAGGUCAAGUGGUGAAUGGUAAGAAGGAGAGAUAGGCUGAAACUUCUGACUUUCUGAAAAAGAAAAUGAAUACAUUGUGUGAGAUGGCUGCUUAGUACAGAAGCAAGGCUAGAGAAAGUUAUUUGAGAGGUUUUUAACUUUAAUUAAAGCUUUGUUUGUGCCUCUUCAUGACUAUAAUAAUGCGUUUUCAUGCAAAUUUAGUGAUACAUUUCACCAAUAUAUUGCCAAACUGUGGGGAUUAUUGCGAUGAAAUCCACUUCGCCACUGGUUUUUGGAGGGGCCUGUUUGUCAGCCUCCUACCCUGGGACAACCCAUGUUCAAAAGUACUGUUUCGGCCCUUAGGACUUUUAACUGGAACAGAUUCAAACAUGUGGCGGCGGCCAUCUUAAACUGUCCAGCAGUGUUUUGUCGUCGAGUGUAUGGAACUGUUUUGGGCAUGAGACCAUGUGCACGGUGGGGCAAAAAUAAGACUUUUAGGAAAUUCCUGAACCCCUGAACCGAUCUGGGUGAUUUUUGGAUAUAUUGUUCACCCAGAACGGGGCUAUCAGGGGAUGUGACAUAUUGUGGGGAUAUGUUGUAUUUUUGGGUACUUUUUGGGGUUUGUAAAAAUAUAUGUUUUUUCUGUUUAGAGUUAAUUGAGUUAGCCCAUUGUCUUAAUUGUAUCACAGGCAGAGGGGAGGGAUUGUGUGCUGUAAGUGAGAGUGUCGGACAUUGUUCUAUUGUUCUGAUUGGUUUGUGUCCUUUGUGUGCCUGUGUUCCAUUAGGUCCAGGGGGUGUGCCUCUGGCCUGAGGAAUUGCAUAUAAGCAAACCUGUACCAAUAAAGCCUCAGACUUGUUCUACCCUUCAUGAAGUGUCGGCUCAUGUUUGGGGGAUUGCAGAACUACCUACACUCUGGGGAUUGCUAUAAUCACUAUACUCCCCAGAGUAUAAUCACUAAGCUCUUUAAGAGCUGUUCCUGUUCUCUGGAUUACAAAAGAGGUCUACCUACAGGAAGCUGGAUCCUGGUCUUAGGUACAGAGUGGGUGGACGAUGGCGAGACCCCAACCAAGCUGCGGCGGUUCGUGGGGUCUGCGGUAGUUAUGGUGUCUAGUGGAGUGCUUGGAGCCCUCGGGAAGCACUACGAGCAUCUGUCAAAUGGAGGUACCCAGUCGGGGUGCCAGGUGAUCCAUUACAAUUAUCUAUAGUUGAUCUUAAAGCUUGUACUAUGGCAGGUUUUAUACAUGAUCUGCAGAAAAAAUCUCUCAAAAAGGGACACUCUAAGUACAAUAACCCCAACAUUUGAUACAGAGAUGCUGUCCCUAUUUUUUGAUAAAUGUAAACACUGCCAUUUACCAGAAAUGUAGUUACUGCUUCUCAUAGAGAAGCAUUGUAUUCAGCGCUGCAGGUCCCCGAUACGUCUCUGUGAAGAACAUUGCAUAGGAGAAAAGUCUUCAACCCUGAUGAUUUCACAGAAAGAGAAGUGCAUGCAGAAUGGAGUUGGAAUAAAGGUACGUUUAUAUAUAUAUAUAUAUAUAUAUAUAUAUAUAUAUAUAUAUAUAUAUAUAUACACAUAUACAUACAUACAUACAUUUUUAUUUUUUCUAUUUUAAAAAAAAAUAAUAAUUAUAUUGUAAAAAAGUGGGCCUGAAUCUAACAGAGCUAUUCACUAAAGUGAGAAUUCAAAGUAAAAUUUCUAAUUUAAUGGCAAAGUAGAAAAGCAUGAAGCAUUAUGAAGCAUUGCAGAGUUAGAGAGAUUUACACUUUGGCCAUUUUGGCCUCAAAUGUGAAAUUCUCACUUUAAAUGAAUAAACUUGUAGUCGCAUAUAGAAACACAAUAACGUUAGAAAUAAAACACAUUUACCUUUAACUGUAGAUUGCUCCUUUAAUAAUAAAUAAAUCACCUCCUCCCCCAUUUUGUUGCCGCUAGCACACAGUGAUUUAUAUCUGUUGGGAAUCCUUAAUACACAAAUGCCAGAACUAAUAAUGUUCUAUUGUUUCUCACGGAGACACUUUUAUACAUAACCCUCAGUAUCUUUAUUGUACUGUUCAGCAGCUAUUACAUACCGCAGAAUGAAAACAUAAUUGCACAUUACUCUAAGGCUGUGUUUUGAAACAAUCACAGUUUAACAAGAAAUCCAGCUGGUACCUAAGAUGACAGAACACCAUUCCUUUAUAAAGGGAUAACGUGUGGAGAAAAUAAAUAAAUAAAAUACUGGGAAUGGCCAGGAUAAAAACACUGAAAUGAAAGCUUUCAGAAACGGCAAGGUCCUGCACUGGAAACAUGAAGGCUCCUUCUGUCCCCACAAACUGGAGUCAGGUUGCUGAAUGUUAUGUCUGCUGCCGAAUUCUGCUCCUACUAAUAAGCCGCUUUACUUUGAAGGGGAAGGAAGGAAGAAAGAUAAAAUGGUUUCUAGGAAAAUGGCUGCUCAGUCACAAAACUAAUCAGGGCUGGAAAGAGCAUAUGCGGCGCUUCUGUAGGUGCACGUUAAUUGAGGGUGUAGCUUUGAUGUAGGAGAGGCUCUGUUAGCCCCGUAGCCAGUAUAUUAGUGCUUAGAGGAUGUGCGUCCUGAUUUCCAUCAGCCGUGGGUACAAAGCGUUACAUUUCACAAUGUUCUCUUUCUUUGUUACACGUAAAAUGUUACUCACUGCGAUCUGAACAAUUACAUACAUCACAAGUGAUUAUCUGAGAUUAGAGACGCUGCUGAAUUUUUUCCCAUGUGGUCACAUAUAUGCUUACAGUAAACUGAAAACCUAGGCAACGUCACUAAUGCAUCAUUAUUUACUAAUGCACAUUUGGAUUGACAGAGUUCAGAGUCCCUAAUCUCACAGCGGUGCCAGGACACACAUUUCCUGUGCUGCCCCGGAUUAGUGAGAGUUAUGCCAUAACAUAGUAGUUGCUCUUAGCAGCUGCAACUAUUUUACAAUUUUAAUUUAGCCUGUUUCCGUUACUAAAUUCUAUGUCGGGAGAGGAACUGGGAAGACAAAAACAACAGAAAUCUGUCUCCCCAACUCCUGUCUCAACAUUAUUCAGAAAUGGAAUGAAUUGAAAUAAUGGAACUGCAAGUCUCACCAAUCUCAGACAGACUCACAGUGUUAUUUACUAAAGUGGGAAUUCAAAGUUAAUUUUAAAUUUAAGGCCAGAGUAGCCGAAUUGAAAACAUAGCUUACAUCACUUUGAAUUGUGAGAAUUAUACAUUCAUGUGCUGCCCUAAAAUUAAAGGGAACCUCUAUAUAUUCUUAUGCAUAGGGCUGGGGUUGUCUACCUCUGCCAUAGCCCUUACAAAUUAUGCAGUGAAUAUUAAGGACCAAGCACCAGAACCAUUAUAGGGCGCUGUUGUGGUUAUGGAGCCAGGAGUGCCAUAGAUCCUCCCCCAAUGGAAGUAGUUCCAUUAUUUACAAACACAAAGAUAAAGCACCGCGCUUACAGCAGCAGUGGCUUAGUAUCCAACAGCUUAAAAUACAUAGUAAAAACAAAGAAAACGUUACCUGCGCUCUGGCCUAAAUCCCCAUGUGCAUUUAAACAAAAAUGGAGCGUCUUAUGCCAACAGUUUGAUCUCUUGUAAUGGGCUAAACAGACAGGAAUUAACAGGACUGGUUGUCUGAUUGAAAACUAUGGUUAAUUUAUAAAUGUGCCAAUUUCUAUUGAAAUCUUCACUUUUUGCAAAAUAAAAAAAAAUAAAAAAAUCGGAUACACGCUUUACACAUAAAGAACUUCAGAGAGCUAUAGUUUCUUAGAGGUCUUGAGUGUCCCCUUAAGUUCAGGCUUAUCUCAUUGGCUGAGAGCAGUCAGCUGGGACUUAGCUAAAGAGAGCUAACAGAAUGUCCUAGAUCUAAGUAUCGGAAGAAAAGAGGCAGCGAGUUUUACCCAGUGGACUCCAGGUAAGAGGUCAGAGCGCUGGUUAUGGUGCUUGUAGUCUUCCUUCAAGGGAUUAUAAUAUCUGGGCCAACAAGGCCAGUGGUCUCACAGUUUAUUAUGAUGUCUUCAGAACUCCUGAAACAUAGAAUGUGACGGCAGAUAAGAACCAUUCGGCCUAUCUAGUCUGCCCAAUUUAAAAAAAAAAAACACUUUUAUUAGUCCCUGGCCUUAUCUUAUAGGUAGGAUAGCCUUAUGCAUAUCCCACGCAUGCUUAAACUCCUUUACUGUGUUAACCUCUACCACUUCAGCUAGAAGCCUAUUCAAUGCACCCACUACCCUCUCAGUAAAGUAAUACUUCUGGAUAUUAUUUUUAAACCUUUGCCCCUCUAAUUUAAGACUAUGUCCUCUUGUUGUGGUAGUUUUUCUUCUUUUAAAUAUAGUCUCCUCCUUUACUGUGUUGAUUCCCUUUAUGUAUUUAAAUGUUUCUAUCAUAUCCCCCCUGUCUCGUCUUUCCUCCAAGUUAUACAUGUUAAGAUCCUUUAACCUUUCCUGGUAAGUUUUAUCAUGCAAUCCAUGAACCACUUUAGUAGCCCUUCUCUGAACUCUCUCUAAAGUAUCAAUAUCUUUCUGGAGAUACGGUCUCAAGUACUGCGUACAAUACUCCAAGUGAGGUCUCACCAGUGUUCUGUACAAUGGCAUGAGCACUUCCAUCUUUCUACUGCUAAUACCUCUCCCUAUACAACCAAGCAUUCUGCUAGCAUUUCCUGCUGCUCUAUCACAUUGUCUGCCUACCUUUAAGUCAUCAGAAAUAAUCACCCCUAAAUCCCUUUCCUCGGAUGUUGAGUCUUGGACUCUAUCAAAUAUUCUGUACUCUGACCCUGUGUUUUUACAUCCAAGAUGCAUUAUCUUGCACUUAUCCACAUUAAAUGUCAGUUGCCACAACUCUGACCAUUUUUCUAGUUUACCUAAAUCAUUUGCUAUUUGGCUUAUACCUUUAAGGCUUAUCCUUUAUGGCAUUACUUUCCAAAAAUGCUAUAAUAAAUCAUCCAUGUGAGUGUGUUUAGGCAUAUACUAGCAUAUAUAAAAUACAUACAUGUAAUACUUUUACAUAUAAGAAACUGAAAUGUUAUGAAAAUCCUUUUUUUUAAAACUUAAAUCUAAUAAAAGUGAAGUACCAAUCUUUUUACUUACAGUGCUAUCGCUAACAUACUUCUAUAUGUACAUGUACUAGUAUAUAUAUAUAUAUAUAUAUAUAUAUAUAUAUAUAUAUAUAUAUAUAUAUAAAUAAACACACACAUGCAGUGAUAGGACAAGCAUUGUUGUGGCAGGUGCAAGUCACACUGAUAUCACAAAAUUACAUUUUAUACCACACCUCUCAAAUGUCACUAUUUAGGAGGAACAGUCCCUAUUUUGGUGCCAAAUCCCUCUGCCCAGAUUUCUCUCCGAACAUCCCUCUUCUCUAGGAGCUCACUAUUGUUAGUGUGACUAAGAGUGUAUAACAGAGCUCCACAGCAAUAAAAUGCACAGUAAUAAAACAGAAAUAAAUACACUUAGAAAUAAGAUAUAUUGCUCUUCUUCUAACUUACAUUUUAGUUGCAAAAAUAUUUUUUUUAUUAAACUUUAACAAAAAAGCUCUGCCCCUGGCCACCCCCUCCCCUAAAUUUAAAGUGUCCCUCUUUGUCCAUUUGAAAUGUUGCCAGUUAUGUCACACACACAGAAAUGAAGUAAGAUUUCCAUGCCUUCACUGUAGCUACAAAUUGGUUAAAAUAGCUAUGAUUUAAACGUUUAAACGUGUGAGUUGCAGAAGAGUAAUUAAGAACACGGUCAUGGAAACCUAGUUUGCAUGGUAAUCUCUCACUUGUCCAUUGCCUUAGAUCUCUGGACAAUCCUCAUCUCUGUAGAAGUCUUUGAUGCCCCAUCAGUCCUUGGCAUUUCUGUCCAGCAACUGGAGUUCCAGCAUUCUCCCUUCCAAAACUGAUCCCUGUCUGGCUUAAGACCUCUGACCUUAGACCGGAGGUCACUCAGCUAAUGCUGCUGAGAAGUUUCACCUGUUGCCCAUUCUCUUGUUUACCCCGCGUGCACAGCUGAGGGGGAUCCCCAAGAGGGAAGUCCAGGUGCUGGCUGUAAUACUAGCUGGUAAUUACACUGAGGCUUCCAGCACCCACAGAACCGUAGACACCCACACACUAUUAGGGGAGAGCUAUGUUUCCUUGAGCCACUGGCUUCAGCAGGACAGCAUCCUGAUGUAUUGCUUAUUAAUACCCCUGUGCUGAACUGAUAACUUUUGGAUAGACAAAUCCAUCACACUGCACUGCCAAACCUGCCAGUUGUCUAUGGGUGUGAGGACAGGCAGAGCUUCCUGUGACCAACACUCAACCUUCCGUCCAGAGAACACCUCUCAUUAUUCAUUAAACUGAGCAGGGCUACGUAAUUAACAGCCACUCAUUAAUGGGUACACAUAUGGUUAUAGUAUAUAUACAUUAUAUAUGUACAUAUAUCACGCCCAUAUUCAUAUAAUAUCGUUGUGCGUAUGUGUAUAUAUUUAUACAUCCAUACAAUAAUUUUAUAUUAAAGUUUAUCUAUCGAAAAUAUUAAACUGUAUUUUCUCUUCUACCUGGCAGAUUCAGUUUAUUUAUUAGAAAAUAACAGAUAAACAGGGCCAGUAGAGCAGGGUCUUAAGAUAACUGUAUCCUGCUACUCACAGCAGGGGUCUCCCCUUCCCUUCUUCCCCCUCCCUCUCUGCUCCUUUUUCUUCUGUAUCUCUCUUUACUUUUUUUUUAUUUGAUGAAUGAUAUCUUGUAGAUUCUGGGUCUAGCUUGCAUUGUAUUUAACUAAGCUUGUUUGAGCAGGGCCCUCAUCUACCUGUUGUUCAUGUGUCACUGUAUAAUUGUCUUAUUAAUUUCUAAAUUUCCCCCCCUUUCAUAAAAUUGUAAAGCGCUGCGGAAUUAGUUGGCGCUAUAUAAAUACCAAUAAUAAUAAUAACUACUGCCAGUCUAAUUGCCAAUGUAUUUGUGUGGCUUGUCUCAUAAAUUAAAAAUGUAAAAAAAAGAAAGUAAAAUAAAUAAAAGGUCAAUGUCUGAAUGACAAAAUUAAUAAAUAUAAGCAAGUAAACUGAAACUAAACAAUUGCGCUAUACUUUUCUGGAAUUGAUCUACCAGGCCAGUCUAUUUUGAUGCAAAAAAAACAAUGCUUCUACUAGACUAGGGGUGACAUUAUUAGAAGCAUAAAACACACCUUUAAGUCUAAUUUUUCGGUUGUCAUAUCCUCCCAAAAUAUCAAAGGUUUCUUAAAUGAAGUGGGUUUAUGAAGCAGGGAAUUGCACUUCCUUUAACAAGUCUUUCCAAGAAGCAUAGGUUUAUAUAUAAACAGGUCAAUUUGCACUGUCUCCCUGCAUACAGUUGCUUAUAACAGCAGUGAUGUGCAAAAUUCACACAGCUUGUACGCCUGCCUCUUCUCCUGGGUGCUACGCCAACACUUUAAGUGAAUUAAUUAAAAAAAAAAUUUCUUUUAAAACUAGUGAUCUCCUUGGCAUCCAAAGCCUGGCCCCUCUGCUGCCCGCUGGCACAUUGCAUCAUUUAAUCUGCUAUUUUGGCCUUACAUUUGAAAAUUCAAAUCUAUACAAUUCUCAAUCUAGUAUAUAACUCUGUAUAUAUUGCAGUUCUUUCCUACCCUCCAUCACAUAUAGAUAAUAACACUUAUUAUUAUAUGGAUUGCAAAAGAUAUUUGUAUUUCUAUCCCAUCCAGUGUUUAUAUACUUUAUAAAAUAACAAUAGCAAGUUGAAAGUAAUAAAAAUAAGAAUUUCAUUUUUUCCCCUAUAUUUGGUAAAAUUUUAAAUAUUUUUGUCUUAUACCUUUACUUUUAUCUGAGGUCCAUGUGCAGAUCAUCCUAUGCUACACCCAAAGUUAAGUAUAGGUAUCAACAGCUACAAAAUAUACGUUUACCCUUCUCCAAGUAAAAUUUUAGACUUCGUUUCAUUCCGAAUUUCAAUUUGUCCAAAUUCCGGCUGAAACUCCUAACCGAAACGUAGCUGAAUUAUGAACCACACAAAAAUUCCCAGAUUUUACUAUUAACAUGAGGUAAAGUCAUAAUUUUAUUAAAGACACGGAGGAGAGUAUUAUGCAUAUCUCUUUCUUUAUUACUCUCAGCAGCAAAGAAGAGAGAUGAAUAAAUAACUGAAAUAAACAAAAAAAUUGUACAGUGCUCAAGCAACCAAUCACAUAACACAGGAAGUGACUAUAACAUGCUUGAUGCACCCACAAUCCCCCUCUUUCUUGCGGAUAACGAAGACCAGUAUGUAGAAAAUCCAACUUCAGCUAACGUAGCCAACAGCAUCUACAACAUGGGAAAACACGAGAAUUCAGGCUAAAGGGAGACAUAGAAAAUAUAUGGUAAUAUCUGGACUCCAAACUGUAGGUGUAUAAUGACAAAUAAGUAAUCAACCUAAGUAAAACCCAAACUCUAUCAUCUUACAACAUUCUUAUAUACAAAACGUUAGCAGAAACAAAAUUCACCCAUACAUACAAUGUCAGGCAAUUAAAACAUAUGAAAAUCUCCAAAGAGAAAACUUACCAGAUCCAUAAACCAUACCGGCCUUAUUUCCAACCACAACUGGGUGGGUGGGUGGGUGGGAAUAAUACUCGCCUCCGUGUCUUUAAUAAAAUCAUGACUUUACGUCAUGUUAAUAGUAAAAUCUGGGAAUUUUAUUAAAGACAUGGAGGCUCUUAUUAUGCGAGUUUAAAACCACUUGAGAUGCAAAAUGAUCAAUCGGCCUGAAAUAGAAGUCACGAAAAGUCGAUUCCCGUGACCAAUCUGCCGCACGUAGUAUAUCUUCCAAGCGACAACCCAUUGCCGAGGCUUUGGAGGCCAUAGCUCCACGGACCGAAUGGGGGGUGAAUAUGGACGUUUCGAUCCCGGCCCACGUCAAUAACUCCCGCACCCACCUUGCCAACGUAGAGGUAGAUACCGGAAGGUGUGGAGCGCGAACCGAAAUGAACAAUGGGCACAAGUCUGGAGAGCGCAAUGUCUGAGUGGCCUCCAAAUAUGAUUUUAGGCACUCCACGGGACAGAGUGCAGGAGUAGUCUGGAACCUAGGAUAGAUGAACACUUUUGAAGCCGACUUCGUCCUUCAGGAAAUGUUAAAGGAGAUGCCUUCCGGGGUAAACGUAAUGGCAUUCCAGUCAAGUGCUCUAACUUCCUCUUACAAGAGAUCAAGCACAACAGCAUGAUCACCUUAGCCGAUAGCUGUUUCAACGUCAGGUCUUGAUUCAGGUACCAAUAUGAUAAAAACUGUAGGACUACAUUCACGUCCCAAAAGGCAAUGAAUCUAGCACAGGGUGGUCUAGUGAGACAAAUCCCUUUGAGCAGCCUGCAUACGAAUGGGUGACGCCCUACAGGUGAUCCAUUUAAACCCUGAUGCCCAGCCGAGAUGGCGGAGCGACAUAAGUUGAUGGUGCGGUAAGCCUUCCCAGACUCAAACAUCUCGGUAAGGAAUUCCAUGACCAUAUGCAAAGGGGCAGAUACAGGAUCCACCGUCCGUCCCAUGCACCAACUAGACCAGAUUCGCCAGGCGGAUCGGUAUGCCACUCGAGUACUUGGUGCCCAUGCAUUGUUGAGGAGUUCGAGAGUUGAUUGCGGAACUCCCGUGAUAGUCCAGGGUCCCCUGAAAAGGGCCACGCCAUUAGUUGUAGAAGGCCGCAAUCCAUUAACUCGUGUAAGUUGCCAUCCGAAUCCCUCAGAAGAUUCAGGAAGGUUGGUAUCAGCCGUGGGUAAUCUGAGGUUAACUCCAGCAGUUGAGGGAACCAUGGCUGUGACACCAUCGAGCAGUCGUGUCGAGUCAGUUUCGAUAACGUGCAAGCUAUCAGAUUGAAUGGGGGAAAAGCGUACACUUGAGCAACCGGCCACUCCUGAAGGAAUGCUUCCGUCACCACUGCUGCCAGAUCCAGCCUCCAACUGAAGAAUUUGGGCACUUGGGUGUUGAGACGGGAUGUGAAGAGGUCCAUCUCGAACGGGCCCCAUACCCGAUCCAAUCCCUUGAACGCCGCAGCGUGUAAGUGCCAGUCUCCAGAGUCUCUUAAGUAGCGUGAAUUCCAAUCGGCCGUCGAGUUGUCCAGGCCCAGUAUGUGUUCUGCUUGUACAGAGAUGUUGUUGUGAAGGCAGAACUGCCAGAAGUCUUUCGCCAUGAGAGCCAACAUGCGCGACUUCGCGCUGACACGUUGACCGUCCUGAGAAUCACGCAACAAUUUGCACGCUCGGGUGUAAGGCUGCGAACUGCAAAUGCCCUUGCCAACAGUUCCAGGCAGUUGAUAUGGAGUGUCUGCCCCUGGUCUGACCACCUGCCUCCGGUGGAACCAGUGCCACAACGCGCACCCCAGCCAUGCAAACUGGCAUCCGAUUCUAUCACUACGUCUGGGGUGGAUCCGAAUAUAGCUCUUCCGUUAGCUCUUCUCUGGACUCUUCGUCCAGUCUACUCUCAUUUCGUAUGACUGGCCUGCACGUAGGUGUGAACCCUUCAGCCUUUGGAGGGCCCGAUAGUGGAGUGGUCCGGGAAAUAUUGCCUGGAUCGAGGCGGUCAAAAGGCUGAUCACUCUUGCCAAGUGUCAGAUAGAGAGGUCGUCUGCCCGUAAUGUUCGCCUGAUUUCCUUUUUGAUGGCCUUCAUUUUGGUCUCUGGAAGAAACAGGAACUUUUUAUGGAAUCUACUGUAAACCCCAAGAAUUAUAUCGAUUGAGUGGGGUUUAACACUGACUUUUCCCAACUGACUAGGAAACCCAGGCUCUGGAGUAAUGACGUCGUCCACAUGACAUGUAGGCGCAAUUAAUCUCUUGACUGAGCCAUAAGUAGGAUGUCAUCCAAAUAGAUGAUCAGAGGUACCCCUCGGGUUCGGAAGAAGGACACCACCGGUUUCAUGACCUUGGUGAAACACCAGGGGGCCGAGGAGAGCCCGAACGGCAGACAUUUAAAUUUCCAAUGUCUCCCUCUCCAAGUGAAUUGGAGAAAAUCUCUGUGUUCCUUGGUUAUGGGAACCAUAAAAUAGGUGUCUUUUAGAUCCAGUUUGGCCAGCCAGACUGACUCUUGUAGGAGAUCCCGAAGGCAAUGGAUGCCCUCCAUCUGGAAGUGUUGGUAUUGAAGGAAAGUAUUCGUCUCGAGACAGAAACAAUUCCCUGGGGACAAAGUGUUGGACAGGCAUGGACACAAAAUCUAUAUGGUAACCUCGUACUGUUUGGAGAAUCCAAGCAUCUGUCAUCAAGGCAGCCCAUGCCUCGUAAAACUGGGCCAAUCUGCCCGCCACCCGCUCUUGAACAUAAGGGAAAGAAGGGGUACUCACCAUAAGUGCAUCUGUCUGACGUGGCACCUCUCGGAUAACGGGAAGAAUGGAGCUGCUCUGGGCUCCUGGAAAGUUCUUGAAGGGAAGAAGGAGCCUCGUUGAGCUCUAAACAAACCCCUGACUCCCCGGCCGGGUGGACGGCUCCUGUUGCGCCCGGCCCCUCCAAAAAUACUAGGGGAGAAGACCCACUUCAUAUUGGCCUGGGCCUUGUCAAUGGCGGUGAAUGGACCCGUAGGGUAGGGGUAGCUGCCGGGGUAAUAAGAGGGUUUGUGCUAGCGUUUGGGAGAAUGAUGAGGACAUCGCUCCCAUCGCGGAGGCAAGCGCUCUCUGGAGAGAAGACGCCAUGGUGGAGUCCUGUAGAAAAUACUCCAGGCACUCCAAUAGGUUCCAAGAUUUAAGGCAAUUUAUUUGAACCAAGAACUACAAAGCAACAUUUCAGCCCUAACAGGGAUUUUUUCAAGCUGAAACGUUGCUUUGUAGUUCUUGGAUACGUCUAGUAAUAUUUCUCUAUUGUAGUCUACUUGUCCUUUUUUUUUUUUUUUUUGCUGCAGUGAAGUUGCAGCUUUUACUUGUGUUUGUGGCUCCGUUGUUUACAUUAUGGAGACAAUUUACCGGGCAGCUGACCUUUCUAAUGUGAACUGUGACACUUUCAUUUGUGCCUGAGGAUGUGACAUUGUAACCCAGUUUGUUCUGUGAACAGCACUGAACAAUCUCUAAAAAAAUAUAUUUCUAUAAUAACAGAGGAACACAUAAAUUAAACAUUUGAAUAGUGUUACUUUGCAUUUGAAUUGUUUAUUAACUGCAAUCUCAACAGCAAUUUUGGUAUUACAUUAAGAUAGGUAAUAUUAAUAUGAUAGUUACAGAACCCAUGUUUUGAAUGAAUGCUAGGCUAAUUUAGUGUAAAAAGUGUAGAGAAAGAAAAGAAGAGAUAGAGUUAACUACCCAGAAGACUUGUGAACACUUUCAAAAGAGCUUUUAAGUUCUAUAUUCUAUCCUACAUCUUUGUAUAAAUGUGACAUCCGUGUUUAAUCAUAAGCUCCAUUGCAGGGCCCUUAUUGUUUUUGUAUCCAUAAAUAUAUCUUUGACCUCUCCAUGGUGAUUUUCUACUAAACAGCAAGCUAUGACAAAAAUUAACUUGCAAAAACAGCUCAAACCCAAAAGUUUGAAACAAACCUAAGCAUUGUUCUUUUAUAGAUUUGUUUUUUCCAACUUGCCUAUUUUAGUCUAUAUUUCCAAGCUGAUUUUCAAGCUACCUCAUUAUGCUAUUCAGGAAACACACCUCAAAAUGUGCAAUUUGAUUUUGUACAAUUUGUAGUUUAUAUGUAAAGUAUCACAUUGCACAGAACUAAAAAUAUGUUGGUGCUUAUAGCUGUAAUUUUCUUACAAAACAUAAAUUACCCUUUAUCAGCCUCCAUAUUUAAGGCACACUUCCAUGUCCGAACCCAAAAAAGAAUAAAUGUCUUUUUUUAGUAAAUACACCCCUAAUGAAAACAUGCAGGCAUUUAAUUAUGCAUUUUUACAUUGGGCAUAUAGCUAAAACAGCUUGCAAAAGCUGCAGAUUUGUUGUCUGAAGCCUUUGCAAAUCCCUCCCCCUCCACACUUCUUUUAAAGCCCAGACUUUCUGUGGUUGUCCAACAGGGCCGGCGCGUCCAUAAGGCGGCACAGGCGGCCGCCUUAGGGCGCACUGGCUCUGGGGGCGCAAAAUUCCGGUGACCGGCAGGAGGGAAGUGCUCCCUCCUGCCAGGUCACCUCCUGGAUCCCCGGCGCGGCGUGCGGCUGAAUUGGAUGCCGAGGGAGCUCUGAUCUCUCUGAUCUGCUCCCUCGCAGGCUGUUUACUGAUGCCGCGGGAGCCGGAAUAUGACGUCAUCAGUAAACAGCCUGCGAGAGAGCAGAUCAGAGAGAUCAGAGCUCCCUCGGCAUCCAAUUCAGCCGCACGCCUCCCAGCAGCCCCACUGGACCACCAAUGAGAGACCCACGCCAGCUCUCCAGGUAGGGAGGCUGGGUGGGAAAUUUAAAUUUAAUUUAGAUGGUUAAUUACUGUGAGUGUGUCUGUGAGUUUGUGUGUGUGCAUAUGAGUGUGUGUGAGUAUGUGUGUGAGUGAGUGUGUCUGUCAGUGUGUGUGAGUAUGUGUGUCUGUGUACAGUGUGUGUGAGUGUGUCUGUGAGUUUGUGUGUGUGCAGUGUGUGUGAGUAUGUGUGUGAGUGAGUAUGUGUGUCUGUGAGUGUGUAUGUGUGUCUGUCAGUGUGUGUCUGAGUGUCUGUCAGUGUGUGUGUGUCAGUGUGUGUGAGUGAGUGUGUGUGUGAGUAUGUGUGUCUGUCAGUGUGUGUCUGAGUGUCUGUCAGUGUGUGUCUGAGUGUCUGUCAGUGUGUGUCUGAGUGUCAGUGUGUCUGAGUGUCAGUGUGUGUGUGUGUCUGAGUGUCUGUCAGUGUGUGUGUCUGAGUGUCUGUCAGUGUGUGUGUGUGUGUCUGUCAGUGUGUGUGUGUGUCUGUGUGUGUGUGUGUCUGUCGUGUGUGUGUGUGUCUGUGUGUGUGUGUGAGUGUGUGUGUGUGUGGAGUGUCUGUCAGUGUGUGUGUGUGUGUGUCUGUCAGUGUGUGUGUGUCUGUGUGUCUGUGUCUGUCAGUGUGUCUGUGUGUGUGUGUAAGUGUCUGUCAGUGUGUGUGUGAGUGUCUGUCAGUGUGUGUGUGAGUGUCUGUCAGUGAGUGUGUGUGUGUGUGUCUGUCACUUUGUGUGUGUGUGAGUGUGUCUGUCAGUGUGUGUGUGUCUGUCAGUGUGUGUGUGUGAGUGUCUCUCAGUGAAUGAGUGUGUCAGAUAAGUGAGUCUGGCUGUCAGAGAUGUCUGUGUUUGUCACUGAGUGUGUGACUGUCAGUGUUUAUACACCCCUGACUGUAGCGUGGCCAAGCGGAGUGUACCGUGGUACAGGAACUUCUGUUUCCUGUACCUGGAAGGACUGACAGGAAAAGCUCACUGUACCGGGAUUCGCUCCGCUCAGCCACGCUACAAGAAAGGUAGGAGGCACACCAGGAAGGGGAGGGGACCACUAUGGGGGUGGGUGGCACACCAAGGGACAGGGAGAGGAGGGGAGAGAUACCCUAAGGUACAGGAAAAGGAGGGAGGGGGGAGAGGAACACUAAGCGACAGGGAACAGAGGGGGGAGGGGAGAGGAACACUAAGGGAAAGGAACACUGAGGAACAGGAAAAGGAGGAGAGAGGGGAGAGGAACAGUAAGGGUCAGAGAAGGGAGGGGACCAUUAAGGGACAGGGAGAGGGGCUGGAUGUGAAAGAAACACACACCGGUGUUUGAGAAGGAAAGAGACACAAAGGAGCUGGGAAGAAUAAAAGACACAAAGGGGCUGGGAGAAAAGGAGUCACACAAAGGGGCUGGGAGGAGUAAGACACAAAAUGUGGGAGGAUGUAAGAGUCAUACAAAGAGGAGAGAUAGGAGACACACAAAGGCAAAAGGAGUCAGAUAUUUAAAAGACGGGAUAAGAAACACAAAAGGGAGGUUAAGAGGCACAUGGGUGAAGAUGUUUUUGGGGGGGGGGCGAAAAAUGCAUCUUCGCCUAUGUACCCAAAAUUCUUUGCACCGGCCCUGUUGUCCAAUCACAGACAUACAAAUGCAGCUCAAUGAGAAUUCGUUGUAAGACAGGUGCUCUGGGCAAUUGCUCUGGGAGCUCUGGGCCGACCAGGAAGUAAGAGGACCAGUUUCUGAUUGACAGCCAGUGGGGUGUAACAAGAUUCAUUUAUAAAAGUGUCAAAUUCUAUUGAAAACUGCACUUUUUGUAAAUUUUAAAAAAAGAGGACACACUCUUCACAUAAUCCACCACAGCAAGCUGGAGGAGAUAGCAGCGGACUGUACCUGCUGGCUCCACUGGUUUCCAUGGUGAUUGCCCUAAUUUUAAUACAUUGCACCAUUUUUCUGAACACAACAUGUUUAUAAUUCUCCCCUAGUUCCUUUAAUGGGCUGUGCUAGGGUAACAGCCAUAGGGGCUUAUGUAUAAAAAGUGUUGUGUUCUGAAAAGUGGAGCAAACAUAUGGAAUGGUCACCAGUGGAAUGUUUCUAUAGUGAUUGUCCAACGUUAGAUCACUUUUCAGUGCACGACAGUUUAUUAUUAUUAUUAUUAUUUUAUUAUUUCUAUAGCACCAGCAAAUUUCCGUAGAGCUGUACAAUGGGUGGACUAACAGACACAUAAUUGUAACCAGACAAGUGGACGCACAGGAACAGAGGGGUUGAGGGCCCUGUUCAAUGAGCUUACAUGCUAGAAGGAGUGGGGUAUAGUGAGACAAAGGGUAUAAGUAGGGGUAAUGAAAUAGGUUGCUAGAAAAGUAUACACUUAGUAGGUUAUUUUUGACAGUUGCAGGAGAGGGUCAUGGGGGGUAGGAAUAAAAAUCCGCUAACAGUUUAAAUGAUAUGCUUUCCUGAAGAAGUGAGUUUUCAAAGAUUUUUUUGAAGGAGUGGAGACUGGGUGAAAGUCUAAUGGAGAAGGAAAGGGAGUUCCACAGAAAAGGCGCAGCCCUGGAGAAGUCUUGGAUGCGAGCAUCAGAUGUGGGAGUACGGACAGAGGAUAGAUGUAGGUCUUCGGAAGAACGCAGGGGCCUUGACGGGACAUACUUGUGUAUUAGGGUGGAUAGGUAGGUUGGAGCAGCAUUAUGUAGGGACUUGUAAGCAAGUACCGGAAUCUUAAAUUGAGCCCUAUAUCUAACUGGGAGCCAAUGUAGGGACUGACAGAGGGGGGAGGCAUGGGAGGUGCAGGCGGACAGGAAAAUUAGCCUCGCCGCUGCAUUCAUUAUAGACUGCAGCGGUGCAAUCUGGGAACACGUAAGACCACUGAGAAGGGGUCUAAUCCCCUGAAUCAUUUAUACAAUCUGUUUACUUUGGAUAUUGUUCUAGAAUUCUACAUCAUGAUACUUAUGAAGUUCCGUUUAGCUAGUGAGAUUUUUUUUAAUGGCAUGCAGUAGCUUUGUUUGCCUGAGCUUAUGAAGUAAAUCUUCAAUUUACUUUAAAGGGGUAGCAUCAAAACCAUUUAUUUUCACAAUUGCAAAAAGAUUGUGACAGUUUGUCAAGGGCAUUUCUCCAGCAUAUGUGUCAGCCGGCAAGACACGAGGAGAAAAGAAAUAUGAAAACAGUCUGAAGAAAACAAAGAGUUGCAGAUGAAAGCAAAUAUUUAGAAAUACAAAAACUCGUAAGUGGACUUAGAAAUUGCUUUUCAACACUCCGUAGAUUUGUAUAUACAAGCUCUAACCUAAAUACUACACUGCUCUUCAAUAAAACAGUGAUCAAGUAGAGUAAAAAUAUAAACUGGCCAGGAAUGUCCUGUUUUAAACAUUCUCACACUGGGGGUAUAUUCAUCAUGACUUAUUGCAAUGACAAAUGUGAUAAAUGCGGGAUAUUGAUCACCUUGUUGCCAGAAGGGCUUACAUUAAAUUCUUUCACUUGAAGUGAAAUAGUUAAUCAAGGCCAGCAGAUUUUGAUAUGAUCACACCCCUACUCUUUCGUUUAACCUCUGUGAUUUUUUUUUUUUAAAAUGCCCCCUGGAAAUUAAGAGCUCUUUUGCAGAGGAAAGUGGAUAAUUUGUCCUGAUGUAGAGUUUUCCUCAGGUAGAGGGAGCGACAGGCACCCACAACACCAUAAAUUGUGUUUUUGGCACCAUCCCAAGACCUGAACAGUCACACAAAAAAUGAUGUUUAACCCCGGGCCGUUUUUGACAAAGAAUAUAAAAGCAAUCAUCGAGAUAAAUUACUGUGCUGCUAAAAUAUUACUGCUUCCUGCCAAAUCUUGUAAACUAUGAGAAAAGCAUUUUGGGAUUCAUACUGGUAAUUCUGCUGUUAACACAGAAAAGAAAAAUAAUCAUUUAGUCAGCAAGGAGAGCAUUAAUAUUACUGAGAAAAGUCCUUGUGUAGCCAUGCAAUCAGGCCAUUUGACAGAAGCUUAAACGUUGAUUCAAUUGGUUUGCAAGAUUUAAACCAAACUAUCAAAGAAAAAAGGGAUUUUACAACUUUAUGCAUCCCAACCAUCCUGAUUUUGGCAGGACAAUUCAGAUUUUUGGGUUGCCCUGCAGUAUGUAUAAUGCAUAUUCUGUAAGAUUCUUCAUUGCCAAAUUGCUUAAUCUUACACGUUUUUUCUAAUUCUAAGUAUUGCAGGACUACUCUUUUCAUGUGCUGCCUAAUAAUAUGUAUACAUAAUACAUGUCCCAGAAAACAUGGUGGAUUUGGUUACCAUGGCGAUUACCCUCCCAUUCUGCCUUUGUAGGGAGGUGUGCAACUUGACUAAUUUGGAAUACAUGUUACAAUUCCGGUCAAAGUACAUAUACCUCCAAUCACUCUAUAGCACUAGCUCAUCUUCUAUUUGGUUUAGGGCAUUUGCAACUAUUUAUAUAAUCAACAUUUUUAAGUAAAACAUCUUUCUUUGUCAUGAUGCUAGUCAGAUCUCUGCUAGCUCUCUACUUUAGUGUUUUGUUGCAAAACCAAAAAUUGUUAUGCAUUUACAAGGAAUGUGUAAAUUUAAGGGCAAACAAGCCGAGUUGGAAGAAUUCUCCACUUAAUUAGUUUUAUUUUUACAAUGUCUGUUUUGGUCAAAACUUGGCAAAUCCUUGUCUGUUUUCCAUAAUUCACAGUUAGAGAAUGAACUCUUUUAUAUCAUGUGAUUUUAGUCUCUAUACAUCGAACUUCAGUGCAUUGACUAAACUUCAAAACUUAUGCUUCAAUAGGUAAGUUGUGACUAUAGUUGAACGGGCACAAUUCCCCAAACUGCCGCUGUUAGCGCUACAAUUCACUGUAUAGGAAAUAGACCCCACUACGCUUUCUACUGUGCGUGAGUCUAGCUCUAGUUAGUCACAGGUGCAUUUACAGUUUCAAAUGUUCAUUGUCUAAUACAGAAAACAGUAAAUCACUCAGUCAGCAAGACCUGCUUUAUGGCUCCUGAGACUCAUUCAGCAAAACGUGCUACUCUAUUCUGCACUGUAUGUGAAAGGCCUUCAGAAAACUGAGAAAGAUGGCAUUUUGACAAUUUACCAAGAAGUCCCCACAUUCCACCAAAUGACAUAUAUGGCUAAAUCUAUGUGUUACAGACAUGUAUUUUGUUAUUGCUAAGUAAUAUCUGACAGGAUUUAUUAUUAUUAAUAACAAUAAUAUUUAUCUUGGAAAAAAAAAACAUAGUCACCGCACACUACAGCAAAGUAAAUAAUAUAUUGCAUAAAAUAAAUAUUGAUGUAAUUGCAUAAUAAAUUAAGAAUAAUGAAUCAGAAAGUAAUAACAAAAUGAACAUGUUGGGGAUCACAGUGAUAACUGUUUUAAGGAUUAUAUUUAGCCAAUGUCCUUCUUAAGAAAGAUUCAAAAUGUAAAAAAAACAUAGAAAAAUAGCAUAGACAUUGAAGAAAUGAUAUACAAUAUCAAUGGAUUCUUUCUGCCUCAACGUGUCUAGGUAAAUAAAUAAACAACUCAGCUUUCAAUAUUUCCUAUAAUUUAAUGACAUAUAAUAAUGUGGGUCAUAGCAAUAUACCAGUAAAAAAAUAAAACAAUUCUUGAAUAAGUUAUGUUUUUUUUCCGAAGGUUUAAGGUCAAAAUAGCCAAAUGCUUCACCAUCUUACCUCAUGCUAUCACACGUGUAGUGACUCUGUGACAGCCGAUAAUAAUAUGCCACAUGUAGCAAUAUUGUUAUGCCCAUUUAAUUUGUUGUUAGCUCCAAGCACAUGUUCAAUUUUGUAUUUUUUUAUUUUUUUUGUGUAUCAUGGAAAUACCCUAUAUUGAUGAUGUAAACUCAAUAAAACACAAAUUGAAAAAAAAUAAAAAAUAGCCACCUGUUUUAAGUUCAGCUAUUCUGGCAGAAUUCACUUAUAAUUCUUUGUUUAGUGAAUAACCUUGAUAGUAUUUUUGGAUGAAAUAAUGAUGACAUAUUAACCCCGUCACUACUAAAACAGUCUAUAUAAAUAUAUACAUUAAUUUUGAAUUGCAAAGUAAUUAUGACAAUUACAUUUAGUCCAUAAAGCUCUCCCCGUCUUCCCCCACACUUUUUUUUAUGUUCCUAUCUCAGCUUUUUUUCCACUAUUGAGAAAACCUUUGAAUCUCUGCAAAUGGGCAGAACAUAUUAGGCUCUUCACCUUCUUCCAACACAGUUAACAAAGCUUCAAGCAACAAGACUGUAUUGCUGCAUUCUAACAGUCAGGAAGGGGAGAGGAGGGAGUUAAAUCACUGAUGUCAGUUAGAGAAAUACAGAGAUUAAUGCAGUUUACUAUAAUAAUUUGCAGAUUCUUACAUUCCGAUCACACAGAGGUACUGUAGCUAAUAUUGCUGAAAAAUGUAAUACUGGCCAUUAUAGAAAGGUGUCUGAACACACAGUGCAUCGCAGUUUGCUGCGUAUGGGGCUGCGCAGCCGCAGACCGGUCAGAGUGCCCAUGAUAAACCCUGUCCACUGCAGAAGCACCAAUGGGGAUGUGAGUGUCAGAACUGGACCGUGGAGUAAUGGUUGCCUUGUCUAACGAAGGCAGUGUUAUGCUCUGGGCAAUGUUCUCCUGGGAAACCUUGGGGCCUGGCAUUCAUGUGGAUUUUACUAGACAUGUGCAUUCGUUUUCGUAUGAAUACGAUUUCGUCCGAAAAUUUUGGUUUUUUUCAUAUUCGUUUACUAAAACGUAAACGAAAGCCCUACAAACAAAAUAUAAAUGAAACAAAAGGGCAAAUGCCAAAUGCAUUACCUUUUCAUUUCGUUUUGUUUGUUUAACAGACUCCGUGCAGGGGAAUUAACCCCCACAUCACGGAGAAAUAACUGUGCACAUGUGCGAAACAAAAAAAGAAGCAAAGAGGGAGCCAGCAACGCUACCAGCUCCUUCCUUGUAAUAAAUAUUAAUUCCAACCCCCCACCCUCUUGGGUUGGAUUUCAAGCCACCCAAUCAGAGUGCUGUGACAGAUAAAUGUAGAGACUUACCUGUCAGUCUCUUCAUUUACCUGUCAGAGCACUCUGAUUGGUUGGCUUAAACAAACUAAUCAGUGCGCUCUAAACCUAAUUGCAGGGUGAGGGAAGGCUUUAUAAGCCUUUCCCUGCCCUUCGGAGCUCAUUCUGCGCCAUUCCCUCCAUGGGUGAAGAUGGAUUAGUUUUUUGCCGUCGGGAUUUUUUUUUUCAUCGUAUUUUUUUUUACACUCUGGUUUAUUAUUUUAUUUUCAAAGUUCGACGGUAUUAUGGUUUUUUAUUUGGCCUUUUGGGGGGCUGAAAAAAUAAGUUUUUUUAGAAAAAAGAAGACAUCAAAUGGUAAGUAUUAAAUUUUAUUUAACAGGGUUAGUUUAUUGCCCCUCCCCACCUCACUAUUAUUAGGGUGGGGGGGUAUUUUUAUUGGGGGGUGACUAGGCGCUUGGGGAUCCCUAGUCACUUUAUUAUUUGUGGUCCCCACCCGCCGGUCAUUGGUAGGGACCUAGGGGGGACAUUAGGUCCCCCCUUUAAUUUAUUUAUUUAAGGUCCCCACCCGUCGCUCAAGGGUGGGGAUCAAGGGGGACAUUAGGUUCCCCCCUUUAAUUAAUUAGGGUCCCCAUCUGUCGCUCAUGGGUGGGGACAUGGGGGGGACAUUAGGUCCCCCCCAUUAUUUAUUUAUACAGGGUCCCCACCCGCCGCCCCACUCUUAACAGGGUUAGUUUAUUGCCCCUCCCCACCUCAUUAUUAUUAGGGUGAAGGGAGGGUGACUAAUAAUUGGGGGGGGGGAGUGACUAGGCGCUUGGGGAUCCCUAGUCACUUUAUUAUUUAGGGUCCCCACCCGCCUCUCAUGAGUGGGGACCAGAGGGGAUAUUAGAUCCCCCCUUCAAUUUAUUAGGGUCCCCAUCCACUGCUCAUGGGUGGGGACCUGGGGGGGACAUUAGGUCCCCCCCAUUAUUUAAUUAGGGUCCCCAUCCGCCGCUCAUGGGUGGGGACCAGGGGGGACAUUACAUCUAGCCGGGUCACGGGUGGAGGUGCAGGAGGGCACUAUGUCCCUCCAUUUAAGUUUUUGUGUUCCGCGAGUAGGGGCAUGCGGGAGGAUUUAACCUCCCUUUUAGCAAUAUGGGGGUCAUAGUGACCCUCAUACUGAUUUAUAUCUAAUUUUAUGACAGCGAGCAGCCACUGGCUGCCAGCUGUCAUUUAAAACUGGAUAUAAAUGUAUAUUGUAUAGAAGUGUAAAGAGUACGGUAAGAGUACGUGUAAAAAGUAGCUAUUUAGAUCUAAAAAGCUACUUUUUCAUAUUGCAACAUUGUUAUAGUUUUUACUAUAACUUACAUGUACUCUUACCGUAGUUCUCUAUUACUUCUUUUUUAAGAAACUGAUUUUUAUAUCUGGUUUUAAAUGACAGAGUUCAAGGUGUUGUCUUGGCCUCCAGACUCCACAGAUCUCAAUUCUAUUGAGCAUCUGUGAUCUGUGGGAUGUGCUGGAACAACAAGUCCGAACAAAUGGAGGCUCCACCUUGCAACUUGCAGGAUUUAAAUAAUCUGCUGCUAAUGCCUUGAUGCCAGAUACCACAGGAUACUUUCAGAGGUCUUGUGAAGUCCAUGCCUCAACUCAUCAAAGCUGCUUUGGCAGGAGGAGGGGGAACUACAUGAUAUUAGGCAGGUGGUUGCAAUGUUGCGGCUGAUCACUGUAUAUAUUUACAUACUGUAUAUUGUAAUUAGAAAGUUGUUUUGCUAAUAAUGCAGCCAUAGUCUUACAAAUAACAAGGGCCAGUUUUAUUGAUCUCUUUUGCGAUACCUACUCUGUGCCAAUAAUUGUAUCUUUGCUUUUGAUGCAAAUAAAUUUUUUUUUCUUUAUUUUUGCAGUGCAGAGUGGCACAUACAAACUCUCAUAAACAUAAUAAUUGAAGUAAAACAUGAAAAUAUGAGCUUCACAUGAAAUGUCAAAGAAAGACUGAACUUUUUUUUUUUAUAAAAGUAGAAAAGACAGCUAAAGCUUUAUUCUUUGAGAUUAAAUAGCAAGAAAUGAAAGAAGAAGCAUUAUCGUACAGAGCUGUGAAAGAGUUCAAAAUGAAAAUACCACUGGCUAAGAGAAGUAGCCUUGUGUAGCCUUUACAUUAGGGCAUCAAAAGUAGGGCAUGAAAGCUGAUGCCGAGCAAGAGAGAAACAAUUUAUAAUGCUCUUGGACUACAGAUAAGGUUCGCCGGCCUCUCAGCCGAUGCCAAGGGAUAGGAAGUCCCGACUGCCCCAUGAUGUUAGCAAUCUACAUUUUUAUGUACCCUGAACAGCAAUGUACGCCCAACAUAUUCACCAUUUAUGCUGUGUAUGAUUCAAAUACAUGUUUUAACUAAGAAAAAGGGCUCGGAAGUGAAGCAGUUAUUGCCACACAUGUACUUUUUAACCUAAUGGUGUUUGGUAUAAUUUAUGUCCUUAAUUACCUGCCUUAACAGGUGCUUGUUCUAUCCAUACACAUAAUCAAACGCCAGAUCUAUAAAAAUAUUCAAGUAAUAAUACAUCUUAUAAUAGUAGCAUUGAAUGCCAGCUCUUGAUGUGAUUCACUCUAGUGAUAACCUAUUGUGCAGAUAAAUAAUAAGGUGUUAAAAGAAAUGAGCUGUAAAGGCUGCACUCAGAGAAUCGGAGAGGUUUGCCCUGUUUGAAUGGCAGGAAGCGUGCAAGUAUAUGAGAUUAUAGGGUCCAUUAUUAACACUUCAGAAAAUUAUACUGUGGUUUCCGUUUUAUCUGUUUACUCUCUUGGCUGAUACAGUAUAAGCUUUCCCCCUGCAUUCAGAUACUAGCCUUGGCUCUUACAAGCAGGCAGCUCCAGUUAGGGUUUAGGAGCUGCAGCAUGAGAUGAAAACGUUAGUUUUGGCAAGUGUGUGUUGGGAAGUGAGCAUUCCAUUGUUCACUCUGGAAUCAAGCCACAUAAAACUGAAUUUACCCCAAGACAAAUGUCGCACAGGCACUUGUUACAUAAAUACCUGCUCUCCUUUCCUCGGCUAUUUGUUUCCAAAGUGGCAAACUGGUAUUUAAGCACAAAUUGAAACGUUACUGUGGUAUGCAGUGUUUACCCAUCUGGAAAUUGUGGGAGAAAUUCAAGAGAAUUCAUAUUUCAGGCCAAAUUUGUUCAGCUGGAAAAAUAUACAGAGUUGGAUAAUUUUUCCAGAUUGGCUAUUUUUGUCUGACAUUUGCAACUGCCUUGUCAAUUUUCCGCAAGUGUCAGUUUAGUGAAUAUACUUUGUGUAUUAGAAUCGGUUGUACAAUUAUUGUAUACGCUGCUCUGGAUAUCAGUCAAAAGAACAGAGCUAAAGAUUACAGCUAAAGGCACUUGAUGGUAUAACUUUUUAAACUCCAGCAUGAUCUCAACUGCAUAAAGCAUAAGUGAUCAAUGCAUACAUACUGUGCAUUUACAUGUGCUAGAAUUACCAACCUACAAAGGGCAUAUCCUUUCAAAAAAGAUUCAACAAUAUGAGUAUUUAAGGCCAGCUGUUGGCAGAAGUGAUAUUGUUGCAUCAUUGGUCUCUUAAAUCGGAACAUCCCAAGUGGUGGUUUUAUUGUAACAGGUUUGGAUGUUUAGGUGGACAGGCAGAGAGAACAAGAACACUUUGAACAGUUUGUAGAUACUGGUUCAGGAGAGUUUGUCUCCAAUGUCUGUACCCUGCAUUUAGAUUGUAAGCUUGUGUGGGCAGGGCUGUCUUCACCUAUUGUUCCUGUAUGUCUUAAAUGUUUUGCUAGAAUUAAAUGUUUGUCUUGUUUACCUAUGGAACAGCGCUGCUGAAUAUGUUGGUUCUAUAUAAAUAACUGUAAUUAUAAUGUGAACCACAUUACAUGGAAUGAGUAUGAUCCAUGUCAAUUCGUGGUAUGUCACGAGCCAUCCAGAAACAUACAGAAAAACCUUACCAUUCAUUUAUCAGCUUUAUAAAAUCACAUUUCCCAAGUGUCCCUAUUUAAAAGAGGGAGUCUAUAUUCUGGGCCCAAAUCCUUCUGUCCCUCUUUUCUAUCCCAAUGUCUCUCUAUUCUAGGAGGUCCGUAUUUUUGAAGUGUGUGAGUGUAUAACAUAGCUCCGCAGCAAUAAUGCUCACAAUAAUGUGUCUUUAAACCACAAUACAUGUGUUUAGAAAUCAGUCUGUGUAAAUAAGAUGCAUAGUUCUUGUUUUAAAUUAUUUUAUUUUUUAUUUAUAGAUUCUUAUUCAGAGUUUUCAAAUAGUACAAUCAAAAAAUAAGUACAUACAAGAAACUCAACAUACAUAUUAGAUACAUAAAUUAAUAAGUCAUUUAAAAUGUCUCAAAUAGCCCUGUCCAUGGCCACACACACACUCAGACCUUUAAAAUACUAGCGUUCGUCUUUACCCUUCGCAUAUGUUGGAACGUAUGUCAUUUGUCAGCCAAUACUGUAACAUUGCAGUACACCCGAAUAACGCACAGUAUACAGUUAGUUAUCUGUUGGCUCUUGUUAUAUUUGAGAAAUAUCUAUUCCGUUAAUGUGGUAUUUCAUUUUAGGAAUUUAGUUGUGAUGCAGAUGAGUGUUUGGCUUAAACACCAGAAAUAUUAUCACUAUAUAUUCUAUUAUUAUAGUGUGACUGUUGUGUGAUCUUUUACUCUAUUUCCCGGUGUUCGGUGGAGGCAGUGUGAGUGCUGCUGAGAGAUGGUUUGUGUCCUAGAUUGUCCUUUGUCGUGAUGUUGCUGUGGCUUUGUCUACUGGACAGGAUGUGUAUGGAUUUAACUUUGUGAUGGCAUUCUCAAUGUGAAAUCCCCUGGGCACAAUGAUUAAUGAGUGGCUUAAAGGGAUGAACAGAAAAAGCAACUACAAACAGACCAAAUAUACAUUUAAAUUCAGUUAAUGAUAUCAGCAAGCAAUGUGAAAUUAAAAGACGCAAAAUGGAGACAUUCUCAAUAUACAUGGGGCACCAUAUUUACACCAUGCGUCACAUUUUGUAACUUGCUGACCAUUUGCAGGGUUGUGCACUAAAAUGUGAAUUGUCAAAAAUUAUAAUAUUUUACAUGAGCUUUUAACUUGAGUACAACGAGGUUGUUGAAAUUCCUCUGGCACUGAAAAAUGGUUAAACACACAGACAAACCUUCCUGGCUAGUUCUAAUUUUCUGGGACAUUGUUCCAUAUGCUAAAUCUAAAAAUGAAUCCUUGCAAGUACUGACGAUGAUGUCUUGUACUGGUUCACUCAUGUUUGGCCUCAUUGGUCUAUUGGGCCAUUUCUACCACUUUGAUGACAUUGUACAUUGUUCAUUCUACUAUUGCGCUGUAUAUGCUUCUAUUUGAAAAAUGAAAGUAAUAAUAAAAUAAUUUAUCCUUCUUUGCAUGCCAUGCUAUGUGUAUUUUGUUCUUGCACAUCAUUUUGCUUAUAGACACUGCUAUUGUAGCAAUUCCCUUUAUUGGACGGUAACAAGGUAAAAUAUAAAAUUCUAAGGUGAGGGUUUAGUACUGGGAUGAGCUGUAUCCAGGAUAAUAAAAUAUACUUUUCCAAAUUAAGUAAUGCCGAGUAACGCAUGCAUUGGAUGAAAUGAAAACAAUGUGUAAAGCAGUUAUUAAAGAUGUGUUUUAAAAAUUUUUAUGGCCGACCUACCUUAUGUAUAUUAUGGCACUAGACCAUAAAAUAUUAUCAGCAGUUUUCACUAGAGAUGGAUUAGCCAUCUCACUAGGCCAAUCAUGUAUAUGGGAUUCACAGAAUAUGUUCACAUAUACUGAAAUCGUACAUACACCAUUUUAAAAGUUGCAAAUUAAAUUAGUUUAUUACAGAUUAAUAUAGUUUGUAAUUGUUGCACGGACCCUCAUUGCUCACACAACAGAGCAUGAGAAAGACCACUUAUCAGUUGAAAUAUUGCUCCGUACACAUUGUGUACUUUAAGAAAGGGUCUCUGAGGAAUUAAGGACUUGCUGGUGAAUUGUUUUCUGGGUUGCACAGUUUACUGGCCAUUGAGCGAGGCCACACUCCUGUGUACCUUUGGGGUAAGUACUCUUCCAUCAGUCUGACAGAUGUAUUCUCAGACAUAAGUAAACAUUACACUGUCUGAGCAUGGGCACAGCAUCUAUGCGCCAAAACCACCACAUUCAGAUGAAAUGGUUUUGCUGCUUGGAAUUUUUCUUUAAGAUUGUACAGUAGUAUAUGAAUGGUGAAUAGUGCCAAGCUUGGUCAUGGGUCAUCAUAGCUACUGGCUUAAAGCCAACAAUACUUUGCCAGUCUGACAUAUUACCAGGCUUAGAGUCCCAGAAUCUCAUUGUCAGCUGGAGUCUAUUAGUCGCUUUUUGAGAUAUGCCAGCCUGCUGUAACAGGACAGCCUGUUGUAUCUAGCAUAUACAGGUCCCAGUGCUGCCAUUACUUUAGUGACACACAGACUUGUUCUGACUGACCAUUAAAGUUUAUUACAAUUGUUCCCCGGGUUCACAAAUAAUGCAGAUGUUUGGGUCUAGGUUAAACUGACUAUGGUUGACAUGGUUCUGAUUUUGCUUGUUCCAACCUUCGGGGAACCCAUUGAAAUAUCAUAGGGACCCAAUUUUCAAACUACUAAAUUAAGGUCUAGAUUUUAUUGAUUAAAGCCCUGCAGAAUAUCUUUUUUAAAGUGUCCCUAUAAAUAAGGAACAUGGGCGAUCUAUGUUGAUGGAUUGACAAUAUGAAUGCAGAAUGAAAAGGGAAAACAGAGCUAUGUCCAGAGGGAUCCAGGUAUAACACUGAGUGCUAGGCAUUUAGGGCACAAAUUCUAACUGAGUGGAGUGUAAGCUGGGUUUAGCUUGAUCUACUACUGAAGCAUGCUGGAGAGUUUACGUUUUCAAUUCAAACUUCAUUAUUCCAGCUAGUCCUAUGUAAUAAACUGAGAAAUUACACCAUUUAUUACAUACAUUUAAUAUUCUCUAAAAUAAUGGAGUUGGCCUCUCUCACCUAUUCACGUUAUUACAUUACUUCAUGAUUGGAGGGGAUUCUUGCUGUGGCUGCCAUGACGGUUGUGUAAUGUGUCAAAGCGUAAGAGCUAAACUGCAGGCACAGGUGAACCAGAAUUACAGCAUAUUAAUGUAAAGGGACAAACAAACCCUUACAAUUGAGGGUCAAUGCAGUGUACAACCAUGAUAGUACAAUAGUAGAGGAUUGAAUCCCAUGUCUGUUAUUCCAGUUAUCCCUCCUGCAUACCAACACCGAUAUACAUGUACAUUGCGCGACUUGCCAUAUCCUCGGACACCCUGACCUCAUACCUCAGACAGCUGGGAGAUAUGGACAUGGCAUGUUCCUAUUAAGAUUUAUGGUAUUUUCCCCAAGCAGGCAAUGUUGCUCUGUUUGGCUUUGUUACAUUGUCAUUGAGAUUUAAAUCUGUAACUCAUUGUAAACUUGCCAGGAUCUGCAAUAUGUGUAUCAAUUUACUCAAUACAGGUUACAUCAUUAUUUUAAAUAAACUUAAGAUAAUAAUUAUAGUCAGUUUAAAAACAGGUAUUCUGGUGCAUUAAUAUGCUCAAAUAAUAGCUCAAAUGUAUUGCUUUAUAAUGUUACAGGGGAACAGUAUGCUACUUCCCAGAAUAUGUAUCUGCUCGACAUGUUUGAGAAUCACUGACCAGACACACAGGUAUAGUGAUGCAUGACUGUAACAUGUAGAUGCACGGUUAGCAUGCAUGUCAUAAUAUCUUGAUAAAAGAUCCCCCAGAUUUCCUCGUACCACCUCCCUCCAUGUCUGCGUCUAAUUAGUGGAGGGUGGGACUAUGCCAGCCAAAGACAUAGAUUACAACAAGGCUGCAACUCUUACAGGAAAAGCUCAUGUAAUACAAUGUUUGUCUAGCAUUGUGAGGACUCCAAAGCAAACAACUGAACAUGUAUUCUGAAACCUCAGCUUGAACAAAUGUUAAGGCGCCCAUGUUUGCAAGAGUCUCCUUUUGUGCUAUUUACUCAGACGGAAGGUAAAGCUACUCCAGGGAAGUAAAUAAGCCACGAGAGAACAUGUCACGCCAAGCGAUGAAGAUUAAUAGUCUGUAUAUGCUGGGUCACAUGUGUAGCCUGGAAGGAUUGAUGAUGAAUGACAUCCUUCCAUGAGUUUGGCUGUUUGUUCGAUUGUUCAACCAGUAAAUUAACUCUUUGGGUGUUCAGCUCCCUAGAAACGUGCAGCAGAUCCCUGAUUUUACUGUUUCACCAGGAGAUAGAGAGUUAAAAACUUCCCAACAUUCUAAAUCAAGACUAAACCGUUUCUUGUCUCCAUCCAUUCACUGGGGCAAUGCUGCUAAAAUGUGUCUGUAAAUGACACGUACAGAGUGUAAACCAAUGUUGUCGGCGCCCUAUGAGUGAGAAAGAACAUUCCUUAAAUCAGUAGAAGAUGUGAUCGCAACUGGCUACUGGCGUCAGCUAUAGAGUGUUUUAGGCCUCUGUGUUUAGCAGGGAAUGUCAGAGUUACUUACGGUACCUCUAAAUCACUGGUAAAAAGACUGAGCGAUUUCAAUGCUAAGGCCAGACAUGGCUGUGAAUAUUCGCCCCAUUUACUGCAUUGUGUAAAUUAUUUUUAUUCCAGAUUCAAAGUUUAUUGGUUUUUCUUUGCAAAAAGAAAUACCAAAACAUAUAAAAAAAGAGAAAAAAGGGGACACCAAUAACAGUAUGUCUGAAUAUAUAUCCAUCUGUCGGUAGCCCUACCUGUGAGUUAUUGCUCUGUUUUGUAAAACAAAUUAAAUCACCAAUGGAAAUUGGAAUAUCUUAUGAAUGAAACCAAGCAAAUUAUAUUACCGAUCAAUUCUAUCUAUCUAUAAUAACUGUGUAUUUUUAGCAAGAAGUUCACUAACAUCUCCAGAACUCCAAGAUUGCAUUUAUUUUAAAAUAGAUAGAGAUUUACCUUUAUAACAUAGAUAUAGUCAAGUACAUCUAAUAGAUAUAUAAUACAUUGGUCACAGGGAUACAGAUGAGAAGAUAUGAUCAAAAUGUGUCACAUAAGAUACUAUAGUCAUAACCAUAACCUAGUGAACACACAGCAUUCACAUUAAAGGGGUUACUAUAGCACUAGUAAUACAAAGUUGUAUUCCUAGCACUAUAGCUCCCUCUGCCUAACCAAAUUCCGGUUAGCCACGAGGAAGUGCCUCUAGUGGCUGUCUGAUUGACAGCAAUUAGAGGCAGUCUUAACCAUGCAAUGUAAUCGUUGCAGUUUCUCAGAAACAUUAUAGGAUUAAGGCAUCAGGGGCAGUGCACCCGGAUCACUCAAUGAGAUGGAAUGGUCUGUGUGCCUAUAGUGUCCUUUUAAUCAGGGUAAGAAGCUUGGAAGUUGCUUUUUAUUAAAAUAAUUAUUUACGAAAAUGAACAAAAAUUAGAUGUAUGUCCUAUGCUUUUAAAAUAAAAAAACCUUCCACAAUAAUUUGAAAUAAGCAAAUUUAAAGGGUUACUCCAAGCACCAUGGCCAACUCAGUUUCAUGAUAUUUUACCAGCCUCAUACUUACAAAGGAUCAUGGAAGUUGUAGUCCUAUUUCUGGUGCAGACCUGCCUUCAAUACAUUAUAGAUUUGCAAUGUGCUAUGUACGCAACCUGUAAAUCUUCAGCAAUAAUGCAGCAUUACCAAGGAAACUAAUAUGAACGUUCUCACAGCCAUUAUAACACAGUUACUAAGACAGGUUUAAUGAAAGCCAUGUACCUAAUAGGUCAUAUCCAUAAAGAUGGAGCCAGUGAGUGUACAAAUGAGUCAGAACCUCACCCCUUUGCCAAUCAUUACAUUGGCUUCCUGUAGCUUACAGGAUGCAAUUCAAGCUGCUACAAGCUGCAACUGGCCUCCCCCACGCCCCCUCCCCCCGAGAGCCGAUGCUCUCUCCUGCAGGGCCGUUGCUAUCCAAGCGCCGGCCCUGCUAAGUGUCUUCAUGGACCGGAGGGGAGAUCAUAGAUCUCCCUCACCGGUCCGCUGCCACAUGGCUGGGCGGCCGGCACGAAGAGAGGAGGGAGAGGAGACCAGGGAGGAGCUCAGCCUGCAGCUCCGCCGAGGUUCCUCUUGCGAGCACGGAGCGCUGCCGCGGUUACCAUGGCAAUGCUCAGUUCUCGCGAGAGUGAACUCUAGCCUCAGGAGCUGCAGGCUAGAGUUCACUCACCCACUAGAACCGCCAGAGAUUCACCACAAGGACCACCAGGGAUUGGAGAUAAUAUAACCCCUCCCAGGCAAAGGUAAGAAGGUAUGGGGGAUAUAAAGAACAUUUUUUUUAAUAAAGAAACACAAAAAUAUUUGUUUUACUCUGCCCCCUCCUUUAACUACACACACAAAGCCCCAACAGCCCCCCAGAUUAGGUAAGUGAGUCAAAGCGAUUAUAAAAAACUAAUUCAGGACUUAAUUUAUGAAGUUAGAGUAGGAGGAUGUAGUCCCUAUUUUUUUUCCAUCUCUGCUGUAUGUCUCAUGUAGUCAUAUUCACUAUUACCACAUAUGUGGAGAAAAGGGAAAUGGCUACAGCCACGAAAGGGUUAACUAGGUGCAUUACUGCUGCCCACAGUUUGUUUGGGCCAGCACAAAGCAUGCAAAAUACAUUGGGGAAGGUCAGUAUACCCUUUCCUAAUGUCCAAUAUGUCAGAAACCUUUUGUCUUGCUCCUAGACUGCAGCUGUGAGUCAUGAGAAGUCUGUAGUCCUUCUAGCAGGUCAUAGCAAACUUCUCUCUCUUAUCCUAGUCUUUAUUAACCUUAUAACCAUAACCUAGCCUUUGAAAAAUGUCAUAUUGAACCUAUUGCAGGGACUGGAUCCUUGGUGUUGCCAGUGAAUGAGAGAGGGCUGCUUGCUGUGUGUGUUUGUAUAUUAAGCAGUGAGUGCAUGUAUUCAGCAGUCUGUGUGUGUGUAUUCAGAAGUCUGUGUAUGUAUUCAGCAGUGUGUGUGUAUUCAGCAGUGAGUAUAUAUAUUCAUUAGUCUCUGCAUGUAUUCAGCAUUGUGUGUGUGUGUAUUCAGCAGUCUGUGUGUGUAUUCAGCAGUCUGUGUGUGUAUGUUCAUCAGUCUGUGUGUGUGUAUUCAGCAGUCUGUGUGUGUAUGUUCGGCAGUCUGUGUGUGUAUAUUCAGGAGUCAGGGUGUGUAUUCAGCAGUCUGUGUGUGUGUGUGUGUGUGUAUUUAGCAGUGUGUGUGUAUUAAGCAGUGUGUGUAUUUAGCAGUGUGUGUAUGUAUUUAGCAGUGUGUGUAUGUGUAUUUGGCAGUCUGUGUGUGUGUAUUCAGCAGUCUGUGUGUGUGUUUUCAGCAGUCUGUGUGUGCAUGUAUCCAGCAGUCUGUGUGUAUGUAUUUAGCAGUCUCGGGGUGGGGAAGGCUGGGAAGGAGACAAUGACACACUGAGGGGCUAGGAAGGGGACAGGGACACACAGAGGGUCAAGUAGAAUGUGACAAUGACACACAUGAGCUAGUGAUGGGGACAAGGACACACAGAGGGGCUGAAGAAGGGGACAAUGACACACAGGAGCUGGCGAUGGGGACAGGGACACACAGAGAGGCUGAGGAAGGGGACAAUGACACACAAAGGGGCUGGGGAAAGUAGAACACACAAAGGGGAAAGUAAAACACAAAAGGGGAAAAUGGAGGAUAAAUAAACUAAGGGGGGUAGAUACACUAAGAGGGGUAAGACAUUCAAAAGGUGGAACAAGAAACACAAAAUGGGGGUUAAGAGACACACAGGUAAAAAAAAAUUCUAACAGACUCUCUAAUGGAUGUUGAGACGGCCUCUGUUAGAGGGCCCCACCGAGGGCCCUUUAUUAUUAUUUUUUAUGGAAUUUAUAAGGUGUGGGAAGUGUUGUCGGUGCAAUCUGGUACUGUGGGCACAUUCUGAUUCUGUAGCUAGUGCUGUGAGUGUUUCCUGGUACUUUGGCAACUCCUGUGCACGGUACCUAGUGAUGGGGCAAUGGCUUUGUGUGCAGUCAUUUAUAUGUUUAUAAUUCAGUUAUAGUGCCUUGAUCAUGUGUGUAUGACUGAUGUGGUGCAUUCUAUAGUGUUAACAUUAAAACAGAUUAGAAAUUGCAACACUGAAAUCAGACAAUGGUAACAUGACUCUUUUAUUAAGCUUUUGCAUCAGGUUUCUCAAAUCUUUUACAUGCCUUUGUUUUAUGUGAUAAUGACUAUGCCCCUCCCCUUCAUGACACUGUCAAAAAGGGGCUGAGUAUGGAUGUCAUUACAAUUAUGCCCCUCUUGAAAAAAUUCCUGCGGACGCCGUUGCCAUCUUCUGACAUCUGCUUGUUCCCGCACUGCCAACUCUCAUCUUGAGGAUUUUUAAGGACUGUCCUAUUCUUUUGAAAUACUUACUUUGUGCCAUCAAAGCCUAUCUAGCCACAUGUUCUUCAAAGUAGCCACUGAGACACACUUCUUUGGGAUAGCCUACUAUUUUCUUGGGUGAUGCUCCUGUCAUAAUAACUGCCAUUCUGAGUUUCUUUGCCUCCAUAGUCAAACUCACUCUCAGUCCUACCACUAUUCAGUUCUUCCAUACACCACUUUUACCACACUAUUUCGAUACAGGUAUCCUACCCAUCAGCCCCUCCUCCCCUCUCACAUGCUAUUAUUCAUCUUGUGCAUCUAUACCCCUUUCUCAUCAUUUGUUAUCUUGUUUGAGCAGAGCAUUUUUCACCUAUUCUCUCUGUUAAUAUUAUGUAUGUCAACUACACAUGGUUAUCUAUCGAUAAUUUGAUUAUUGUAAAGCGCUGCAGAAUAUGUUGUUGUUUAAAACCCCUCUCCCCCCCCCCAGUUUUUUUGAACUGCAACUCCCAUGAUUCCCGGGCUAUCUGUUUCAUUCAAAGAAUCAUGGUUGUUGUAGUUUAAAAGAUCUGGGGAGUGCGCUGGUUGUGCAGAACUGAUCUAAAUGAUGCUUUAUUUGUGAAGGAUGUUGAAAUGAAAACUGAAUUGCAAAAUGUAGGCAAAAUAGUUUCUCCUUUUUCUUUCUUUUCCUCACACUUUCUAGUAGUACUGACUGUAUAUGUUUUAGUGACUUUUUGCAUUAAUAUUAAAAAAACAAAGCUUUGCUUCUUAUACCCUUGAAAAAAAGCUUUAUUCUAAACUAGCAACUCUCAUCAUCCUCAGUCAGUCAAUUUCCUGUGCAAGGCAUCGCCCUAGCAUAUAGUCCCCACUGGAGGCAGCUCAACCAUUGCAAUCUACAUGCAACUCUGGGUGUGUGAAGCCUAUAAACAGCCUAAGCUCAUAAGAUUAGUACAAUGUCCUAUUUCUACUGAAUAAUGAGUGUCCCGCUAGCUGCAGGCCACAGAGGUUAAAUACAUUGUUACAGCACAUAAACUUUAUAUGCAGGUUCAGCUAAGGCCUCUUUAGCAAACCAAUUUUUAAACCAUGGGCACCGGAACACCUAUUGUUAUAAUAACAAGGCUUCAUAUCUCAUCACAGGCUAGAACUCACAUAGCAACAUACAGAAGACUAACAAAACAGCAUUCUAGAAUUCUGGGUAAGCUUUAAAAUGGCUCUAUGUUAGCAAAAUAAAAAGUUACUUUGAAGGCAAACAAACUGUUUUAAGCCAUUGUCUUUUAAAUAUUUCUGUUGCAUUUGAAGUAUGUUCUUGCAUAAUUCAUAACAUGGCAAAUGUAAACAUACAUAUUUUUGUAUAGUAUAAAAAAUAUGCUUAGUUUUUAGGAGGAGCAUGCUACACUAUAUUUCAUUCAAUAAGCAAAACAUACAAUUAGAAAUUUAGGAAAAGUAAAGAAAGUAAAAAACAAGUGAAAAUGAAAACUAAAUAUAAUGAUACUAAAAGUGUAGCAAUAUUUUAUUUUUAUACUGUUAUGUAUUGCUAUUAUUGUUGUUAUAAAAUGCCAAAUUAGUACUCGUUUCUAUGCAUGUCAGUAUAAAGCCUUAAAGUGUUAGGGAUAAAAAAAAAUUGUAUUCCUAACACUACAGUGUCCUCUGGCUCCCCCUUCCUCACACUCACACUCCCCCUGCCUGUUGCUAUAAAUGACCCUUGAAGCUUGGUCACGCUCCUCCUUUGGAAAUGUCAAAAGCUGGGGGAGCCUAAUAUGCAUGCGCAGCAAAUGCUGUGCACUCGGCCUCCCCACAGGAAAGUAUUGAGGCAAUGUUGUUGGACAUCCUCUCCCACAGCUAGUAGACAGCCACUAGAGGCAGUCUUAACACCGCAAUGUUAACAUUGCAUUUUCUCUAAGGGUUAAGGGAACAGGGACACUGCACCCAGAUCAUUUCAAUGAGAUAACAUGGUCUAGGUGCAUAAAAGGUCCCUUUAAUGUUUGCACAAUGGUCAUGUUUGCCUCCAAUGAUCCACCACUGCCUAGCCUAUAAUAUGGCACUCCUAGAGAAGAGGGACAUUGGGAAAGAAAAGAGGGACAGCUGAUUUUGGGCCAUGAAUAGGGACGGUCUGCCCUAAAUAGUGACAAUUGUGAAAAUAUGAGUGUGGUUGAAAUGUUGUCUUGUGUUUGAUUUUGUGUGAAUGUGUGUGAGCUGCUUGAGGCAUUGUGUGUUGGAGCUUGCUUGUGGGGUAGUAUGUAUGUAUGCCAGUUGUCAGUGGUUCUGUUUUUGUAGAGGCUGUGUGUGCUUGCAUGUGUGCUAUUUGUAUUAUUUCUGUGUGAGGGAGGCUUAUUCUACAGCUAAAUGUAUAUGUUUGGCUGUGUUAGUGGCCUCCCUGGGGUCCACUAGAGACCAUGCUGGCCAGAUACAGAUCAAGGUCAGGGGUUUUGGUGGCCCCUAUCCACUGCUUUCCUUCAGUGUGGCUUCCCCUCACAAGCACUAGGGGGAAGUGCGGACAAAGCAAACUAACACCACAAUCUGAAUGUGAAUGUAGUGGAUAACAAGUAUAUAAAAUACUUAUCUACUGAAUCAAAGGGGACAGCCUCCCAAAGAUCACGUCCCAGGUGAUGAUCUUUCAUUAACCAAUGUACAAAGAAGAAAAGCAUAUGGGAUACGGCUGUUAAAUCUAAAAAAAAAAAAAACAUAAACAAAAUAUAGUGUAAUACAAUUUUAAAUUAGAAGUGUGCGCUGUAAAUGAAUGCACUCACAGGAUGAAGAAAUAUCAUGCGCUCAAGGGUGCCUCCACCGAUGUUGCUGGGGGGCUGUAAAUCCCUCUUUCCAAUCUGUAUGUGCCGCUACGACCCAGGACUCCAAUUGAUGAAAGUAAAAAAAAUCAGCAGCUUUAUUAUAAAUUAAAAAGGUGAAUAAACACCAAUAUGAUCCUAUAAAAACAGCAAUAGAUGGUCCUACGCGUUUCGUCCCAGACUUAGAACUAAAAUCAAUAACAAUAACAAAUAUUCAAACAAAGUAGCUUAACAAACCCCACCCGCAAGUCCCUUUAAAUAGGGCUAAUCCCUACGUCCAUUGGUGGUUCCGUGGGCGUUAUCUUUCAUCUGUGGUGCUGAUUGGUUCAGUUGCAGCUCCUAUUCAUCUGUAGGUGAUUUAAAAUAAUUUCCCUUUGUCCUGGCCAAAAUUUAGUCACCUGCUGGUAAAUGGAACCGGAAGUGCGUUCCACUCGGUACUUCCGCGUUCCAUUGACUUUAGCCUUGUACCAUAAAAGCCAAUAUGUUGUUUGCAAAUAAGUGUGUAACAUCCUUAUCAAUCGCAGCCUACCUAAAAUAGUGGGAGAGCAUCACAUGGUGAUUUCUGCUAACUGAAAUGGUGACUUCUAUUGCUUGUGGGAGGCCUCCAUCACAGUGACGAGACCUUCUGAAUGACCUUGACCUUCUUUGGCCUUUUGGGUGCAAUUGCAGCUCCGAAAGUGCAUUCGGGUCAGUACACUUGCCAACUAGAGCAGGUGCUCUAGUUUACCAGACAAACACAUGGUGCCAUAAGCCUCAAUUACCUGUUUUAAUCCGAAGACAACCAGGGGCCUACAGAGUCGGUGCUUGGGAUGAAGCCCCGGCCUCUAAUACUACUCAGGUGGCAAGCUAUCAGGGGAUUCAUCCCCUACAUUGCCAUCAUUCCCAAGACAACUAACGUAUGGAGAGAGGAUAUCGCCACUAUAAGGCACAUCAAUCCCUACAGCCUAAGUCAUCUGUUGUGACAGACCCGUACAGCAUUGUGUACCUGCUCAUUAUUAUAUUUGAGACUGGCUUAUGGUUACCCCUGAUUGCAUGGAAUAGUCAUCUGGCAAUGGACUUGCCUUUAACUUGGUCCUGAGCAUAGAUCUACUGACAGGAAAUUGCUUAGAGGCUUAUGGAUCUAUUAUGCUAUGUGAAUACACUCUUUAAUUAGUUGACCAAUGACAAAGAUGCCGUAAAGUUAACUUCUGACACUUGGCCCAUCACAUUUUCAUGUCUAGUUAAGAAAGAACACAGUGUUUCCAUGUUGAUGUUCUCUAAUACUCAGUACAUCUACCGUGUAACCAAAUACCAUUACAUUCCCUUCCUGGAUCAAAUGCAAUUAUAGCUACUGGAAUAUUACAACAUGGACCAAAUGUCUUUCUUUGGAGUUCAAUGUCAUGUGUACAUUUGUAUUUAUUCUUAUUUAUUUUAAUUCUGAUUUUAAAAUAAUAAUGUUUUAGUAUGAUGUUCUUCUCCUGCUCAAUAUAUAUCAGAAUGGAAAUCACCAGGUCAUUGUUUACUCUUUAUAAUGUGUUAAACGUGGGAAAAUAAAUAACCCCUUCACUACCAAGUUCUUUUUGAUAUUUUAAAAUGUUAGCAUAACAUUUACUCGAAGCAAGAAAUCCAUAGCUAGCAAAUAAAAAUAUAAUUUGUUUAUGGACUCCUUUGCAAACGUACAAUUUAAAUUUUAAUGCAAAUUUACACAUUUUUGUUUCAUUUAUUAAUUUAACUUGUACACAAAUAUUUUGGAAAUGAACAGCUUUUGACAGCAUACAGAGUCCUUAUCAUACGAUAAUCCAUAAGCCGAAUACCUUGCUUAUAUAGCUAAAUCAUAGAUUUCUAAAAUAAAGAUAUUUAAAACUGUUAUAGCAAUGUUUAUCUAUUCUCUGAAAUGCUAGUGUAAUGAUGACAGUUAAAUGGUACUUUCACUUCUUUCCCCUCCCUGACUGUAGGAAUGAAAUGACCAACUGAAACGUACUGUACUGUUAGAAAACAGGGGUGAGCCGUGUGCUCCUUUAAAGGCUGGUAAUUAUUCAUAGAUUAUAAAGUAGGGUGAGUGAGGCUUAAUUUCAUUAUAAAUAUACAUGAAAAGAAAAACAUUUAUACUCGGUUUUGGUAGUGAAGCGGUUAAGAGAAUCUAGGUGGAUUUUUAAAAACAUUUUUUUACAUCACUAUAGUAAACCAUCUACUGUAAAUUCAUGUAGCUUGUUGACUACAGUAUUGGCAAAUACAUCGUAUAUUUAUUAUAAUAAGGUGGAAUCUCUCUUGUGAUUCUAGCCUGUCACUGAAAAAGUCCCCCACCUCUACUGUCACUAGAGCCAUGGUAAAGUGUCCUUCUUGGGAGGUAUGAAAUCUGGACAGGGGUUGGGUGAGCCUAUUGGUGGUGCCCGGGACACCGCUUGCUUCACUGGUGAUGCCCCAAAUGGUCGUCCUGUCUGGAAAAAGAGUGGGACCAAUGAAAUAGGGGGCAGUUCAGCCCAGCUUGAAUACAUGCCAGUCUGACAGACAGACUCUGUCUGUCUGAUUUAAAACACACAGGGCACAAGCUUAAAGCUCUGACUGCAGUUUGCAAAGUGUGAGCACAUCUUUUGAUACACUCUCACUAUACUGAUUUUCCUGAUGACUCCAGGUGCAGAACUAUAAGGAACUAACCCUGGAGAGUAGGACAGGAUCUCAGAAUCAUGACAGUUCUAUCAAAUUCAGGACUGCUGGCAUGUAUCCACACGCAUUAAUAAUGUGUGAAACCUUCUCAUUAUGACAAUGCAGUCUAAGGGGUUGGAAUCUGUGUUUCAGACAAUUUAUUUAUUUUCAUGUGUGUGUGUAGUGGUGCGAUAGUUGAGGGUCUGUGCAGCCUCGUAUGUUGCAUGUGUAUUCUGUAGUUCUUCUCCCGUUUAGUGUGGUUUUGGGUGUCUCGGUCUGAGGGACAUUUUUGCUAUGUGGUAUCUAUACGCAAGCUAUAUUCCAUUUUAUUUAUGCUUUUGCCACACCUGCUGAACAUGACCAGAAAUAUAUUUAAUUGCCUGCUAAUAUUUUAUAUCGAGUCUAUAUAGUUGCAAGAUAUGGAUAACUGGAAGCUCCUGCUAAAAUUUUACUUUGCUCUCCUGACCUACUCCUUGCCAUACGAAGAACAUCAGCUGAUCACUCUCAGCCAAUGAUCUAAGCCCUGUGGUGAUAACAGCAGUGGUAGAGGCAAUGAUCAGCAUUCGGCAGAUUUCAUGUAAAAAGUUAAACCAGUACUUAUAUUGGGGGGCACUUUUGAGACCCACAACAGUGUGCCGCAGUGUUUAUCGUGAGUGGGAUGUUCCUUUGAGUAGUCUAAGACAGAGUCUGAGCAAAGUCCCUUUGUUUGACAGCAAGGAAGCACUUUUAAGGAAAUGAUCAGUCAAAAAUGGUCUCAUCCUAUUUGCAGUUCUCACACUGCAUUUGGUUCUAUUGUCGGUUUUCAUAAAAAUGCAUGUUUUUAACAGUCAUUUAGCCGACUCCAGGCAGAGUCAAUACAGCUGCAGUUUGUGGCCAUAAUGGUUCUUUGAGGCUGGAAUUACAUGCUAUUUCUAGAAUCUCAGAGUAAGGACUGUAAUCCAGUUAUAAUAUUUCCAUUUGUAAUACAGAAAAAAGAUAUUAAUAUUAUUUAUUGCAUUUUAUAAACAGACUGUGUUAUCCCUACCUUGCUGUGCCCGUAGGUUAUUUUAAAAAGAUUAAUAUGUGACUGUAAUUAGGUUUGUGUUUCUCUUACUGUAUAGAUAAAGAUGUUAUCACAUUAUUCUAAUGUCACAGGGAAGAAAAUGCUCUUUUAUUUGGUUGGUACAUGUUGGAAGCAAGUGGGUUAAUCAGGAUACAGUGUAAACGUUUGAAAGCAAUGUAAACCUGUGUUAUGAAGACUGCCUAGUGACACAGCCAUCUGCACAAAUAUCGUGCAACUGAAUUCAGGCCAGAAAUUUGGGUUUCUACCAUGCAGAUUAUACCUAAUUUCCUACACAUGAAUUUCCAAAGGGAUCACCUUACAUUGCCUUUAUUGAGGGAUUACUGAGACCUUACCGCUAAGGGGCCAUCCUUAAACUUCCAUAAAACGUGGUUAUUGGCUCAGCUACAGAGGAAAACAAUGCCCAAAAAAAGAAGAAGAAAGCCUUCGAGACAAAGUUGUACAUACUUGCAAUCUAAUGACUAAAACUAUAUGUUCUGCACAAAACAUGGGAUCAGUUGCUUUUGGUAUUAAGAUCAUUCUUUCUACUAGGAAAAAUACCUUCUAACAACCUAAAUAGUGCUGGCUGGUGUUGGCACUGCAGAUGUCCGUGGACUGCAUUUAUCCUUUACCCUGGCAGAGCAUCAUGGGAAAUAUAGUUCAACGAACUCUGACCUUAGCUAUUACUAAUGUAUAGAGUGAUGUACAGUUUUCUCACUACAUGCAAUAUAAACUUGAGUAUGAUCUUAUAAUGUAUAUAUUAGUAAAUCACUUUUAGCACUGUGUCUCCUGGUUUGCCCAUGCCACAUUAGGACCUCUUUGGUCAGAAGCAAUCUGUCUGAAACCAUGCUCACUUUGAAUGGCUGGAACAAAGUCAAACACAUUGCUGAGAUAUUGGUGCUUGUACAUCCCAACAUAGUCGUAAUUCAAAUAAACUGUGUUUCUGACUAAAGAAGAAUUUGGAUGGUGGUCCCAAUGGAACAAGGGUAAGCUAUGGUAUGCACUAAAAAGUAUUUAAUUUUAUGUGCACAUUACAAAAUAAAACACAACUUCUGGAGGCAACCUCGCACCCCCUCACUCAGGCGAGAGACGUAUGAAGGAGAUCACCUGGGGCACCGUUGGGGUGGGGCACCUCGGAACGGGGACAAGAGACAAAGAAUGAACAGAUGGCUAAGCUACUCACAUACCUCCAAGCCGCCUCCCCUCCCACACCCACACCCCCCCUCCCCCCUGUUUAAUUUUUUUUUUCUUUUCCUUUCUCUCUCAUUCUCUCCAUCUUCUACCUUUCCUCUCUCCUCCAUCCCACGCAAGUGCCUGAAACAGGCCACACACAAACACAAACCCUAGGGGGAGACACACAUGUACGCAGACGUACGACCAUACACAAAACCUCUACUGACUACAUAACCUACGAUCCCGGUAAAGUGCACAACCCCAACGCUACUCACCAGCACACCAAGACUCACAACAGAAUCUUCGGACCGAGACACCCAAAACCACACUAAACGGGAGAAGAACUACAGAAUAUACAUGCAACAUACGAGGCUGCACAGACCCUCAACUAUCGCACCACUACACACACACACGAACACCACCAUCACCAAGACGGAGCAUGCCCCGCUUGGUAAAACACAGGCAUAAACCAACAAUCCACCUGUAUUAAACUACGCAAAUGCAUCAUCACCACACGGACACGAUCACACGAACCUAUAAUCAUUGAGUCACGAAAACGCUCUCACUACUCACAACAAAUAUGAACAGGUGCACUGCCAAUUUUAGCAAGAAUACCGACACUACCCACCUGGAUGAUAGGAACAAUAUAUCAACGCAAGGGUCACACCCGAUGGCUAAACAUAUGCAAGUUCACAUCAGAUAUACAAUGCGCAGUGCCACUGCGCAGGCACCAAAACGACUACAUAGGAUGUAUACGCUAGGAUUACACAGAUAAAAGACAAUCAUUUAGCUAACCUGCAACAAAUUAGCUAACGCAAGACAACAAUAAAAGCUAACUAACACAAAGCAACUACACAAACCAGCGAACACAAUGCAGCUACGCAAACCAGCUAACACAGAGCAACUACGCAAACCAGCCAACAUGAGGCGACUACACGAACCAGCUAGACACACAAGACAAAUACACAAACCCAAAACACAUUAGGUCCUGCAAACACAGGAAAUAUGUCGUAAAGUUCACAGAGCACACACUUGCCUCACUAAACUAACUGCACAUGUUCCGUUUACAUGUCUCAAUAUGUAUACGCCUCUGCGUGGGCGACCAUAUGCUUUUAUAAUAAUAUGUUUGAUGUCCGCAUAUACAAUGUGACGACAAUAAAAAACUAUUUAAAACAAAAUAAUACACAAUUAUGUAAUUUAGUUUAAUAAUAAUACAAACCAAAUACAAUUUUCCUUUAAGGGGAUACACUUUUUUAAAAAGAUAUAUUAAGUCCUGUAUUUCAAUCUAACUUUGAACUUAUUAAACAAUCAACCUGUUCUGCAUAAAUCAGCCUAACAAAAUAUAUUGUUUUCAGAACCAGUAAGUAAACAUUUGUAUAUGCAUUUAAAAAGAAAACAAUACAAUCCCCCAAAAACUAGUGAGUAGGAGCAGAUGAGGUGCAUGUUGGGAAACCUUAAUCCAUCUGGGUGGACAGCUGCCUCUGCUCCCCCGCCCUCGCGUGCUAGAAAGAGACCGGGGCCGGAAUAUGACGUCAUAUUCCGGCCCCGGUCUCAUUAAGCAGUGCGCUGGGGAGGGGGAGCAGAGGCAGAACAGCCAGCUCCCCCUGCGGCCGCCAGAAGAGCUCUCUCUGCGGCCGCAAGAAGACUCAGCUCCUCCAUGCGGCCGCCAGCACAAAGGUAGAAAUUAUGUGUGUCAGUGUGAGUGUAUGUGUGUCUGUGUAAUGGUGUGUGUGUCUGUCUGUGUCAUUGUGUGUGUCUGUCUGUGUCAUGGUGUGUGUGUCUGUGUCAUUGUGUGUGUGUGUGUCUUUGUCUGUGUCAUUGUGUGUGUGUGUCUCUGUCAUGGUGUGUCUGCUUGUGUCAUGGUGUGUGUGUGUCUGUCUGUGUCAUGGUGUGUGUGUCUGUGUCAUGGUCUGUCUGUGUCAUGGUGUGUGUGUGUUUGUCAUGGUGUGUGUGUCUGUCUGUGUCACCGUGUGUGUCUGUGUCACGGUCUCUCUGUGUCGUGGUGCCUGUGUGUCAUGGUGUGUGUGUCCGUCUGUGUCAAGUAAUGUGUGUCUGUGACACGGUGUGUGUUUUUGUCACAGUCUGUCUGUGUUAUAGUGUGUUUCUGUCAUGGUAUGUGUGUGUGUCUGUCAUGGUGUGUGUGUGUCUCUGUCAUGGUGUGUUUCUGUCUGUGUCACGGUGUGUUUGUCUGUGUCAUGGUCUGUCUGUGUCAUGGUGUGUGUCUGUCAUGGUAUGUGUGUUUUUACUCACCUUUUUCCCCCCCACGUUGUGCUGGUCUCUCCUCGACUGGCCCUGCCUCAAUGGCUGAGAUAAUCAAGCUUGAUGAUCUCAGCCAAUCUGCACUGACACAGGAAGCACCUCUAGUGACCGUCUGAGUGUCUGUCACUAGGAAGCAAUGUAAACACUGCCUUUUCUCUAAAAAGUCAGUGUUUACAUUGAAAAGUCUGCAGGGACAGGCUAUAGACACCAGAACCACUACAUUAGGCUGUGUGUGUGUGCGUGUGUGUGCGUGCGCGCGCGCGUUUGUGCGUGCCUGCUACUGAGUGAGCUUGUGUUUUUAUGUCAAUGACCUUAUGUAUAUCAGUGAGAUUGUUUAUUUAUGAGGCUGUGUAUCAAUCAUCUUGUGUCAGUGAGAUUGUCUGUGUCUGCAUGUGAGUAUGCUUACUGUAUUAUUAAAAAUUUUACUCUGAAAGGACCAAUAUUUUAUAUUGGAAAAAGCAAUAUAUAUAUCAAUCAUCUAGGGUGGUAAGACAUAGCCUUACAUAUUACAUGCGACAAUAUAUGGCGCAAUGACUUAUGGGGCUGGCAUAGAUUUUUUUUCCAGGGCUGCUUUGGAAUCCCCAGUCCGGCCCUGCUUAUGUAUAGCCCUGUUUAUGAGCAGAUUUCCAGACAAUGGUUUGCACAAUGCUAUUAUAUCCCCUCUGAGGAACCGUUUUUCUAAAUGAAACAUAUUGGAUUUGUUACCAUUUCUUCAUCACUAAAAUGUUCCAUUUCUUUUAUUACUUCUGAAGCCCAUCUCUGCACUUUUUCUAGUGCCAUAAUAACCUUCUUUAGAACAAGUGCUUAAAAUUGCAAUUUCAAAGAAUUUCAAAAUUCAAGGUUUGAUCUUAUUCUUGAUUUCUAAAGAGCCAAAUUAUAGUUUCAACCUGAAAAUAAAUUCUUCUUUUUAUACAUGGCAAUACCUUAUUGGCCUUCGCAACUGCUGAUUGACAUCGCACAUUGUUGCCUAGUUUGUUGUCUAUAACAAUUUCCAUUGUGUUGUUAUCCCUAAUUCACUACCGUUUAGGGUGUAAGUUGUGCAUUCUUUGCAUUUAUCUACAUUACAUGUCAUCUGCCAUUUGAUGACAGUCUUUGUUUACAUUAACUCUCUUUAGAUUUUGCAGAGAGUUAACCAAUUACAAUUUUUCUGGAGGUUUUUGGCAGCCAUCAUUUGCAUAUCUCUUACUAUAGAUUCUUCCUUAACAUAUACUGAGAAAAAAAAUCGUUCUUUAAAAUGUCUGCCUUUUCCUGGUCUUCAUUAGAUAACACACCAUUUCUGUUUUCAGUGUAACUACAGUUUCAUUUUUUUUAAAUUUAUUUUUAGUAUUAAAAAAUAGGGAUUGGUUUUGCUUUCUUUGGCUAUCACUUUCUCAUUUUCUAGUUUAACCCAUCUAAUCGCCUGCUUGCAAGCAUUAUUGGUAUCCUUAUUUCUUAUAUAGGAUACUUCUGAUUUGUCAGAUUUAAAUGCUUUAAAUGCCCUUUUCUUAUUUUACAUUUUUAAGAUUACAUUCCCACUAAGUUACAUUGGUUUCAAUUUGUUUCUUUUAUAUUUAUUACCCAAAUAGCACAUACUAAGAAGUGUACCUUUUUAAUAUAUGUUUGAAGAUAUUCCAUUUAUUACCAGUGUUUUUUCCCCUACAGAUUAUGUCAGUCAAUAAAUUGUAAAGCUACCCUAAUCUUGUUGAACUAGGCAUUUUUAAAAGUCUAUGUCUUAGUAUACCCCAUGUGCAUUUGAUUUUUUGAGUUUAUUUGAAAAUACGCCUUAUUGUAAUCUCUAUUUCCCAAGUGCUGCCCUACUUGAACGUUGGUCAAAAGAUUCUCAUUGCUUGUUAUAACCAAGUCCAGACAAACGUCCUUUCUUGUUGGUGCUUGUACCAGUUGUGACAUGAAGGUGUCAGAUUCCACUGAACUACUAGUCCCUCUGUCCCAAAUUACAUCAGGGUUAUAAAAAUCUCCAAUAAUUAACAUGUUACCCAGAUGUGCAGCUUUGCCACUUAGCUCUAACAGCAAUGCAGGUGGUUUAUAACAUAUCCCAACCAAUAACUGAUUUCCCUUCUUUUGCCCCAAUCAGAUAUCUACCCAUAAAGCUGGCACAUUUUCCUUGUCACAUUCCACUUGCUUACUAUUUGACUUUAACUCAUGGUUGACAUACAACUAUACAUACAUUAUGAUACGUACUAAAUUUAUCAUAUGGGUCAUUUAAUUUUCCCUUAUUCGGCCUUAUAAUCAGCCGCCAUUCUGCUUCACAUAGCCAAUUCUGUACUCGACUAUUCCCACCUCACCGCUGCGUAUUAGACCAGUUCAUAUACAUGGUAUAUUUUUCCUUCCGGGUUCCCUGGUUAUUUUUUGGCUCCGGCAACCAUAGUACGAAUUACUACAUUAGCCAUGCACGAUCAAUGCCUCUUACCCAGCAUCUUGGCUCUUACGUCAUUCCAGCUUACAGGGUCAACUACAACCCUAUCAUACUAUGGUCAACUAUUAUUCACAACCGCACUCCUAAUACGUACGGCCCGACAAGGGCUAUCCACUACGUCAUAAUUUUCGGCCUCUCAUUUGGGCUAUUACAUACGGCAUAAGAAAUACAUUAGACAUAAGUUUGCACUUUGUCACACAGCCUGCCACAGCAAUGCCUCUAUAUACGGCCCUUGCUUAGCUGUCAAUCUCACGUUACAUACAGCCCACCCCGGGCAAUCCACUACGACUGAAUUUUGGCCCUUCAUUUUUGUAAUUACACACAACCAUGGUUGUGUUAGACCACUCAAACCCUCCCUAUACGGCCCUUUCUCUAGAUUUACAACUCCUGUCACAGUCACUUACUGGAUCUCCAAUAUUAGUACCUGCUAGUAAACUAGAGGUGUCCCACAUACAUCAUACAUAUUUCAGGUUCUUUUAGCGGAAGGACGCCUAUCAGGAACUCUCACCUAGGCGCAGCAUUAUUAGGUGUCUCUUCCCUAUACAUAUAUAUGUCGAUUGAAUAGGUUCAUCUUUUAUCUAAGUUGCCCAUCUCUACUUUUCAUCCUGUUGUUGACACAUGUCUGUUAUUCCAUUAUCUCCGUUAGCACUUACAUCUUACUGGAUGUAUUCCCAUUAGCAUUCCCAUUGUGUCUUUAGGUUCUUCUCUAAAAGCUCAAUCACAUAUUAGUCUAGGUACAAAUGUUCCACAUACUUCCCAAAUCACUAUGUUCUUAUUUACCUACAUUCCUUAGGGUUAGAUCGACUGGCUGUAAAGGGUAUUGGUGCUGGCUAUAUUCUAGUUUUAUCAUAAUUCUGUCCUGCGAGGCCAACUCCCAUCCUCACACGGAGGUAUUUGCCCAUCGGCACAACUCAUAGCUAGAGCCUUGCUUCAACCUCUUCAGGUUAUUAGAUAGGGCCUCGCCUGUCACGGCCACUAGUUUUGAAUCUUUUACUUGUCACCGAGAGGCCUACAUACCUGCCACUUCGUUUGGUGGCCUCAGUUCCCCAGGCAAAUUCAUAGCUAAAGCCACUUGGCAAUUAGUAGGGCCUCAACCCCGAUUCAGCUAAUUUCUUCGCCAUUUGACACUAAGAAAGUUGCCAGUUGAUGCAGGGUUAUACUCCUACUGCAUGGCUGACACAUGUAUGCUUUAUUUCUUACAUCAUAGUAUUUCUCACAAAAGGAGAAUUACCCCAGUACACCUUAUCGAAUACUAGGACAUAAAUCCUCUACAUAUACAAGAUAUCUCUCUACCGGAGAAGGAGCAUAUAAAGCAUCGAUCAAGUUGUAUCAAUGUGUUUAUCUAUCAAACCUUUUGCCCUCUUUAUUUACAGACCUACCCGAAAGUCAGUCCCAGCACACCAUUACAGACUUAUACCAUAUCCGACUUAUGCCAUAUUCAAUACCAUUACUCGGCUUAUUGUCCCUGACUACAAAUAGAAAGGCGUAGCCUGAAAUUGUGGGAGGGGUUACCCGGCUAUAAAAACUCGAGCCACCCCUCUCACUGGGCCGAUCACGCCUGGUUCAGCCUACCCACCGCUACCUUUUUUCAAACAAAUCAUUUUGGUAGCCCCUCUUUAUUUACAGGCCUACCUGAUCGUCGGUCCUGGCACACCACAACCGGCUUAUAUCAUACCCGACGUAUGCCAUAUUCAAUACCAUUACUCGGCUUAUUGUCCCUGACUACAAAUAGAAAGGCGUAGCCUGAAAUUGUGGAAGGGGUUACCCAGCUAUAAAAACUCGAGCCACCCCUCUCACUCGGCCGAUCACGCCUGGUUCAGCCCACCCACCGCUACCCUUUGGUUGAGACAAUCGAAGAGGCAGAUUGCCUUAUCUACUCUAUUGAUCAAUGUAAAGUGUUUUUUUUUUUUUUGUUCAUUAAUUUAAAGGAAAUACUUUUAUUUUUUAUAAAAGAGCAAGUCAGACUAGUUUCUUAUUAGUCAGGCAGAGUGUGACUUUUUUCUGAAUAUUUCUUUGGUACUCAAAUGACAGACUAUGUAAUUAUGAAUUACAGUUACAUGUAUUGGCUCGUUUCCAGCUGAUGGAAAUGCUAAGAUGGGCAAUCUUUCAGUUAGGCACAAAGUAGUUAUAUGGCUAUUGUUGCUUUGCCAGCCCAUAGUCUAUGAAAACCUGUUUCCAUUAGUUAAAGUCAGUAAGAGUGACUGAGUCAAACCAUCUUCUAUUGUGUUUGACUGAGUAACAUACUGAAAUUUCCGAAGUAUGCAUGAAUGCUGCACUGUAUUUUCAAUUUAUAAUUUUUAUUGUAUUAAAAUGUGUAGAUAAGCAUAGCGGUUACAGAAGAGCAAGGUGCACGUUAGUAAAUAUCACAAAUAUUUGAAAUCAUUCACAUCAAUGCUAGUUUGCAUAACUUUAACAAGGUGAAGGUACAGGUACAUCGGUGUCUGCUAAGUACAUCAGAUUUUAAUCAAAAUUAACUUGAACAUGUAUUUUUACAAUACGAUACCCUUGCUUGUGGGAUAGGUAUAGCUUAUGGUUUGGCUUCGUUUAUUGCCACAUUGGCAAGUUGCGUGCCUCUAAGGGUCUGCCUAGCCUUUUGUCCUCUUUUCCUCAAGAGGGAUUAGUUAGCACCUUCAUGUUAUUUGGCCGAUGCUGUAAGAAGAAUAAUAGAGAGAAGAAAAGGGGGGGUGGGGAGGGUAGGGAGGGAAGUAGGGUUUGUUUCACUCCAGGUACUUGUUGAGAUCACAAACUUAUUUACAUUGUGCAUAUCUUAGUUUAACAUGACAAAAGUGAACCAAAGAGAUUAAAAGGGCUACCUUGGGUCUUAUACCUCUAUUUUGUCUCCUUCUGUUCCCCAUUCCCAGCAUAUAAAUUGCGUAUAGUGGUUACAGAGGAGCAAAUUGCAGGUUAGUAAACAUCAAUGGUGCCAGACAUCAUACAUACCAUACAUAGGUUCUCCUAACACAGUUAGAAGUAUAACAAGAGUGCUUAAUAUAGUGUCAUAAAUUUAUUGAGUUUCAGACGCCCACUGUCUCAAAGGGUGGCUCUGCGUGGGUUAAAAUAGUGCUUCCGCUAGGUUCCCCCAUAUCUCACUGUCUGUCUGAGGAGGAAUUGUUCUCGAACCCCAUCUCACUCCUCCCAACGUCGUGUAUUUUGGGAAGCGUUGCCCUGCAGGUGUGAGGCCAUUUUUUUCAUUUGAGCAGGUAGAAUCCAUUCUCUGGAUUGUUUUCAUGAUUGGAGGAGCUGACUUGCUCUUCCAAAGGUGAGCAAUACUAAGUUUAGCCGCUACUAGGAGAUUUAAUAUGACUGUUCUGUUAGGCAAGGUUUUAAGGUCAGGGAACAUGUGAAGCAGAUAGUACUCAGGGUUCCUGGGGCGUCUGAGCCUGGACAAUAAGUUUACCAUCAUUGUUAUAGAGUUCCAGAACUGCUGUAGCUCUGGGCAUUCCCAAAAGUUGUGGCUAAGAGAGCCUAUGGCUGCUUGGCAUCUCCAACAAUUAGGGUUUGCAUCCUUAUAGAUAUGUGAGAGUCUGAGGGGCACCAAAUACCACCGCAUCUGAAAUUUGGCAUGCGCUUCCCACAUGAAUAGACUUUUGGAAGCUGCUUUAGUGUAUCUACUGGCCUCCCGCCAUUGUGAUAUCUGGAACUUCUCACCAAGUUCUUUUUCCCAUUUACUCAUAUAGGGUAAUUUUUGCUCCUCUUCCAGUUCGUUAAGAGCUGAGUAGCAAAGUGACAGGGAAUUUACACCAGUGGCUCCCUUUGUGAGAGGAUUGAACAACCUAUGUUGAGCUGUGCGUGACUUGGGCUCCACCAGUCGAGAGAGGAGGAUACUUUUAGCGCGAAUAUAUGUAAAUAGUUCCCUAUGAGCUAAUGAGAAUUCCUUUUGUAAGUCUGGGAAUUGUUUAAUUCCCCUUGAGUCAUGCAAAUCAGAUACUUUUGUGAUGCCUCCUGCGCUCCAAGCCCCCACUGGUAGGUCGGGUGAGAUUGCCUGAAGACAGUGAUGUACCUUGGUUUUGUGCUGCCCUAGGCAUGACAAAACUCAGGCGCCCUCUCCCCCCCACCCACCACCCUUCCCCCCUGCCCGCCACCCUUCUCCCCUGCCCCGCCUUCUAACAGACACUAGCAGACAUAUUCUGUCAUAUUCCGGCUCCCAGCAUCACUCUGCGGCACGCGAGGGACCUGAGCAGAGAGCUCAGGGGAAAGUGCUCCCUCGCCAGCGCCGCCCGCACAGAUUUUUACUUAGCCUCCUGCCUGCCUGGGCUGUUAGUCGCUAGGCUAACAAGGCAUUUGCCCUGGGCAUUUGGGGGCGGCUUUUUUUGCCACUCCCUGGAAAAUGCCGCCCAAGGCAAAUACCUUGUUUGCCUCGCGGCUAAUACGUCCCUGCCUGAAGAGCCAGGAUUGGGGCCUGUUUCAUUUGCUCUGCAGGAUCAAUUAGCUUAUUACUCCAUUGUUUCCAUGUUUUGAGCAGGAAUUUUAUGCAGGAAUGCCCUAUGUGGGGGACAAGGUCAGAGUUUGUCCAUAGCAGAUCUGUUAUAUUAGCGGGUGAAAAUACAUGCAAUUUCUAAGUCGAGCCACACCGGGUUUGUGCGCUUAACUAAUAGGUCAACGUCUUGUGACAGUGCUGAGGCUCUGUGGUAGUUGUGAACACAGGGAAUUAUUCCCAGCCCCCCCUCGACGAGUGGGAGCCAUGACAGAUGUUGUGCCACCUUUGGGGGUUUCUUUUUCCACACAUGGGAGCUAAUAAUAUUUUGCAUGUAUCUGGUGACAGUCCUAGGAAGGGGCAACGGGAUUGUUCUGAAGAGGUAUAGGAUAUGAGGAACGGCCAUCAUUUUGAUGGCAUUAAUUCUGCCCAGCCAUGACACCUCUAAUGCCCCCCAUUUCUCCACCUGGGUUUUGAAUUCUGCUCUGUGAUGUUUAAUCCCCAUGAAAUAUUGACAAGGUGAUUUCAAAAGUUGUCUAUUUUAGCCUAAAAUGUCAAAUAUUUUUGUUAAUGUCCCAGAGUCCCUCAUUUGCCAGAUAAACCCAAGCAUCUUCCUAUGAGCUACAGUGAAUGAGAUAGGCCACAUUUCAGUGGGAGAGAGUGCUUUUGUUAUUUUGAUUUCAUGAAAUACUCAAAGUUAGGAGGUUAAACAAAGUGGUGCUCUGUUAAUAGAAGCAUGAAAUGGCCACAGCAGCUGACUGAUCCAGUUAUUCCCUGUUUGAUGUUCACUCAGUUCAUUUCAUUUUCAGAAAUAUAAAAAAUACUACAAAAAAAAAAAGUACAUUUUCACGGUGCAAUUCGAUCUCCUUAAGUUUUAAACCAGAAUCAAUCUGAAAGAGAUUUUAAAAGACGGCUGUUACAUUAUUCUAUGUAAUAACUUGCAGUCAUGUCUUACAGUGUAGGGUUAAUUUCCUCUACUGGCAAAAAUAAUAGAAAAUGAUUAUGGGCCCAAUGCUGAGAAAUGAUCUGCAUGGUGAAAUUUGUCAUUUAAAUAAGAAUGUAGUCUAGGAUCGCGAAGGGCAACCUUGGCAUUGAUGAUGGCAGUAAACUACAUUCCCUUAGAUGCUAAGCCAGCCAAGGGUAGCAAGCAGUGGUCUGUUGAAACACUAUUUUAAUGAGUUAUAUUACACCAACAUAACAUUCCUUUGGGAAGUUCUCAGGACACUGGGGAAGAAGUCUUGUAGCAGGGAGAGGCAUAUCAUUACACCACACAAGGUGACUUAGGUAGAUGUCAUUGAAAUGACAGUCAUCUAAGCAUUAGGGCUUUAUGCACAAACCACCAACGGGUCAGGUAGGCAAUUGCUUUAUAGCUCACAUAAUGUCCAAAAAGAAGAGAAUAGGUUGCUACAAGGUAACGUGAAGUAAUACAGGAUAGAUUUGUAUUUCGAUUACAUAAAUCUAAGUCCCAUAGACGUAAGCUCACUCAGGUGUUUAUUCAAGGCAUGAAUUGUUGGUAGACCCAUAGGGUGGAUCCAAAUAAUUAAUGAAACGCGUUGAUAAGACUCAUGGGCUGAAUUACUGUUACAUGGAAACUCAGUUAAUAAGAUGUAGUAGUAUUGAUUCUAUUACUACUAGCUAUUUAUUUUAUUGAAUACUGGGUUGGAACAAAAUGCUAGAUAUGUUAUUGUCUUUGGUAUGUCCCAUGUUAGUCUAUCAUGAGAUAUCAACAUGAAUUAAUUUAAGAAAACAAAACAUGAAAUUGCUCUCCCACCUCCUCAUUUAAAGCCUUAUGUCCCACAAAACAUCACUAUCCCACCCUUACUGUGUUACCUACACACACUCCAUAAAACACAUGCUACAUAAUCUACUGACACACGUACACUACAUAAUCUACUCACACACAACAUCCCCUAUGCACACACUAUGUUCUCUACACACAUAAACACUGGAUAACUCACAAACAUUACAAAACCUACAGACGCACUAGGCUCCCUAUACAUACACACUACAUAACUUACACCCAUGCACACUACAUUCCCUAUACACACACACUAUGUUCCCUAAACACAUACACACUACAUCCCCCAUACACACACACACACACAAAUUACAUAACCUACACACACAUACUACAUAACCUACACACAAACACAAUAUGUUCCUUAUAUACACAAGUGCGUGCACACACACACACUACAUCCCCUACACACACACACACACUACAUCCCUAUCCCACACCAUACUGUUUUCCCUACACACACUACAUAACCUGCACACUUCAUCCAUAUCCCCCACCACACUGUGUUCCCUACACAAACUGCAUCCCUAUUUCACACCACACUAUUGUUCCCUACACACACAACAUAAUGGCAUGGCGACUUCAGGGCAACAAGUGCUUUUUUAACACUCGUUAGAAAUUUGUUUGUACGCCUAAUGCUAGAGUGUUCCUUCACAUAGGUUUGUUUUUUCCCAAAUCUAUACAUUUGGGAGGAUUUCUUCUAGCCCAUAUAUAUCUAGAAUUUUCUGCUCUUUAAAAAGACCAGAAUUUGUGUUUACCAUAAUAAGUACAAUCUGAGAGUAAUAUUUAUAUAUACAUGUAUAUUAUUAGGUAUUAUUAUUAUUAUUAUUAUAUGUUUUUUAUGCCUAUACUAUUUACAAAUGUAUUAAUAUAUGUAUGAUAUGCCCAGAAAUCACAUUAAUACAUAACAUCUAUGUAAUGGAAGCAUAGCACUUUUUACAGGGUGGACGAGGGUGUGUGGCUGUGGAGGGGCGCUGUGAAGAUUUUUCGCACAGGGCGCCUAAAGGCCUAAGGUCCGGCCCUGUAUAUAUGCAUAUGAGCGUAUAAUUAUUUUUUUUGGGGGGGGUGGGGAGGGUGGAUCUUGGGUGAGUUCCCACACUUUUUUCCCCAGGACUUGACUCCUACUAUAUGUUAUUGUCAUUGUCUCACCCCUUACAAAAGCACACAGAAAAUUAGUGUAUAAAUAUUGACCACAUGACCUAUGAUUUUGGUUCUGUAUAUAUGAUCACAUACUAUUGCUUUCAUUAGACGUUAGUUAAAAAUGUAUGACUUUUUCCUACUCUCCCUGCUUCCAUCAUGUGCCACGCAUAGUCCCAUCAUUUAGAACUAGGACUGAUCUCACAAGGCUCCCCCAUCACACACCCACACACUGUAUCCCUCCGUAACUAAUAAGCAUGAUCCCCAGACAGAUUGUGAUGGUUUUAUGAUGAACAGCAUACAGGUGCAAUCAGCUGAGAGUAGAAUUCACUUCGCCUGAGACCUGGGGCACAGACACAGCUCAGCAACAUGUAUCCAGCAGUAGGCAUGGGAUAAAAGCUUGUAAAACAUUUGUUUUAAGUCUUAAAAUAUCAAAUUCCUCACAGCUCGUAAUAGUGAGGCCUGAGCUCGGAAUGCAAUCUCAUUGGGUAUAAGAAACUCUAGUAAUUGAUUGAUCUCAGACUCUCCUUUUAACCCCUUUAAUGCCAAUUAACAUUACCUUUUUCAGUGGAAGAGGGGUUAAUUUGGAGCCAUGCUGCAACUUUAUCUAGCAUGCAUGACCUUCACCCAAAGGAGACAUUCUAAAAAAAAAAACCUUAUAUGAGGAUGAAAAGAAGCAUUGUGAUUGUAUCCCGCAGUGGCACCACCAGUCUCAUUGCUUGAGGAUUCAGAAGAAGUGUCUCCUGUCAAUUGCCUGUCUUGGGUUUCGAAGGCAGUACAGAGGUUCUCUGUCACAGUGGGCAGAAGCUCCCUUGUGAAGUGACUCAAGGCAUCAAUGAUUAGACCUAUGUGCAGCGGGACAAAGCAAUGUUUGACAUUCCACUCUCAGACCGUAAUUGAAAUUCAUUAUUAACUCAAUAGGUUUGGGUUCUCAGCUCAGCCAAGUGAAGUGGCUUUGACAGCUUUGGAAGUCACCUCUUCAGACUCGCUGCCCUAGCAAUCAGCCAUCCACUCAUGCAUGGGUAUUGCCCGUGACAUCAUCUCAAGGGGACUGUCAAAGUACUACACAAAUUAAAAGAGAGCUCCAACCCUCUCCAUUUACCACAUAUCAUAAUCACUAAGAUUCAAAAGAAACAGAAAUUAUUAUUUGUAGAGCAGUCAGAUUGAAUUAUAAAUCCAUAAAACGAUCAGAUUGUUUAAACACUACAUGAAUAAUUUAGAUUACCAUGUGAGGAAUGAUAAUAUAUAGAUUUUUUUUCCAUAAAGAUUCAUACAAAAAAACUAAUACGGGCAAUGUACACUCCCCCGACCAAAAAAAUGUACAUUUACCACGGGAUUUUAUUAUUAUUUAUAAAGCACCAAAAUAUUCCUUAAAAAUGCACAAUAGGUAGACUAACAAGCAAGUCAUUUUAACAAGACAGGUUGGUCAUACAUGAACAGAAUAUGGAGAGGGCUCUGCUCAAAUUAAUUUAUAUUCUUAGUGAAUUAUGUUAUAAUUACAAUAAAUAAAAGGUAAUUUACAUUAUAUAACCUAGUAAAAAUCAGUUGCUUGGGGAGUUUACAAUACAAUGAGAUUAUAAAUUUCACUGGAGUACAGAAGGGAAAUAGUAUAUUAUGAAUGCUUACUUGUUGCAAUAUGUGCACAAUAUUCAACAUCUGUACUUAUAUUGUCACAAUUGGGUGUGUGCAAAUAGUAACUCAGUAACCAGCACAAAAAGUACUAAAGAUAUUUAUUUUAACCAAGUAUAUCUAUUAGAAAAACAAACGAAAAACAUAUGAAAGCUUUUUCAAAAAAACAUUCACAUCAAAAUCAAUUAUAUGCAAAUCACUGUUACAAAAAACCUACAGUGAACAUGAUUGGAUGACACAGUACAUCAGUUAGAAAAGUUAAUGCAAGCAAAUCCCCAGGACUAGAUGGGAUUCAUCCACAAGUAUAUAGGGAGUUAAGUGUGGUAAAUCCAAACCAUGUUUAGAAAUCUUUCAAUAUCCUUUUCUUUUAGGAAUUGUACCAUAGGAUUGGAGAAAACCAGAUAUAGAGUUUGUAUUUACAAAGGAAUCAAAAUCUCUGCUUGAAAAUUACAGACCUGUGACCUACUGUGGAAAUCUUUUGCAAGGUUAUUAAAGGAUCAUAUUCAGACAUUUAUACAAACAUGUCAUUAGUAGUAAUCAACAUGCUUAUAUAAUAGACUGAUGUUAUCAAACUAACUUAACUGCUUUCUGCCAAUAAGUCAGUAGAAAUAUGGACAUGGGUUUAUAAUGGAUGUGAUCUAUUUGGAUUUUGUUAAGUCAUUUCAUAUGGUUUCUUAUAAAAGGCUACUGUACAAAUUAAAAGCAAUUAAAAGAAUAACAAUUAUUGUUCUUGGAUUGAAUGUUUGCUUAAAGACAGAAUGUUGAGAGUAGUUGUUGGACAAAAGUGGUAAGUGGAGUCCUGUUCUUGUUUCACUUCCCUUCAACCUGUUCAUUAAUGAUCUAGCAACAGGUAUUGAAAGUCAUGUGUUGGUAUUUGUCUAUGAUACAAAUCUAGGUAAGGUAGUGUGAACAUCAUAUUACUUUGCUGCAGAGGGGUUUGGGCAGGCAAGUGGUAAAUUAGAUUUAAUGUAGAUAAAUGCAAAGUUAUGCAUUCUGGGCAUAUUUCGUAAGAAAAAAUUUAUGGAACAUACACAGAGUGCACGGGAUACCUACAAAAAGUAUAUGGAGAAUGGAAGAUUUUGGCUAAGAAGAAAGUCUAUAAAACUUGAAGUUGUUUAUUUUUUAAAUAAAAUGCAGCUCAGCUAUACAGAGGAGAGGGUCUUUACAGUAAGAACAAUAAAGGUGUGCAAUUCUCUGCCUUGCUUAUAAAAUUCUAUACAGAUUUUUUAAAACGUCUUCAUGUUUUUUUGGAAGAAUAUGUAUAAUUGUUCAUAUUUGGGGUAACAGCUUUCCAAGGACACAUACUACUGCCAGUCGAGAGGGAUAUAAUGAUGCUGGAGAUACACCUCUGCCAGUAAAGUGGUUAUCCUCUGUAUCUGUAGUGUUUUAAAAUGAAAGAUUACAUGGUGCUUGGAGUAACCUGAACCUAACACUUGGUUGUUAUUUAUGACUUCCUAACCUUUCUAAGCCUAUUACUAAAUUAUUUAAUAGAUUGCACCCCAAUCUGAACUUGACUACUCCAUACCCAAACUUUUAAAAUUGUUUAGUUACCUGUAAUUUAAAUAUUAACUUCUUAUAGACUAACCUUGGCCUUAGUGUAAUUUGAAACUAUAAAAAUAAUCCUUACCCUAACCCAAAACCUGUUAAACAUGGCAUCAUUAUCUUUCUGUUCCUAACCCUGCCACGAUAAUUAGAUUUAGGUUUAAUGAUACCAAACAGCUGUGAAAUAGAUGGGUAAUAGUCUUUAAACAGCCUGUAUCAUAUUGUAGGUUUAGGAAGUUGAUAGUUGUAAAUUGUGUCUAGGUUCUUAUUGAAUGGGUUUUAUUUGUAUUCUGUACCACUCCAUUUAUUGUGGAUAAUGGUUACACGAGGGCUACAUAUUUAACUGGGAUAUGCUAAACUGAUAUUAAGAAUGUCUGUGACCAAAGUAUGUUUUAAGAGAGCCUUGUGACCCUCCAGCAUCGCCAUUUAUUUGUUAGGUACCAAACCGAUUUUAAAAAGUAUUUUUUAGUCCCUGGAGCCCACUCCAUUAUUUAACACCUUACAGUGCUGUAGGCUUUGACACACGCAUACUAUGUUCUAGCUAUUCCAAUUCCUAGCAAUUACUCUGAUACAUUUGCUUUCCUGGAUUUGUUUGACGGUGACACCCAGACGGUUGAAGUUGGCCAGGUGCUGUCACUCACUUACAGUGUAUUCCUGCGGAGAAGGUGUGAUCUACCUCCAGGGGUGGAUUAAUUUGUCUAAAUCCCUAAUUGGGUACUCAACAAGCCUCUGCAUUUCUAAGUGUAAGUACAAGAGAAAGUGAUGGAUUUAGUGAUUGUAUCAGGCAAUAGACAUGAACUUUGGAAGACAUGAUUUUUGUGUAUCAAGUUUAUAUGUUUUAUUAUAUAGUAACAAUGCAAAUUUUCAACUAAUGGGCUGUCCUUUACAAUAGAUCGUUUAGUUGGUAGCAAGUAAUUUUUUUAAAUAAUAAUGUAUAUAUUUAAAAAUAUUUAAAAAGCUACUGGCAAAACUGUAAUUGCCAAAAUCACCAUAGUUGACUACCGAAAAACACACUGUCGUUACACCGCUGUUGACAAGUUGCUAUUUGUAACAAUGUCGCUAGUGUAAGUCCUUCUGUGAUUUUGUGGUGGCUGUGCUUUAAGAGAGCAGUUAAAAAGGUGAUCCACUCUUGCCCAGGACCUGGUAGGCAACUGGAGGGGUGUGCAAUAAUAUAUUGGGGGGAGGGGUGACGAGCAAUUCCACAAAUAGUAAAGGUGAUCCUAAGCUAAGCAUAUAGUUAAGCAAUUUUCUUUAAAAGUUAAUGAGUGUUUUGUGUUAUGGCGCCUUACUUGAUACCUGUUAUGAUAUAUUAUAAAAUAUUAUAAUAUAUUCUACAAUUCAAAAUAAAUUAGAGAGUAUUAUAAUUAUGCUAAUUUUAUUAAUGACACUAUAAUGUUCUCAAGUUUUUAAUGAUUGACCAUCCUGGCAUGCAAGGUGAAGCCAGGAAAAGCAGGUUUAUUGGAGCAGACAAAAAAAGCAGGUUUCGACCAAGCAGGGUCUUUGCCAGCUUGAAAAAGACUCUGCUGGGUGAAAACAUUGCUUUUUUUGGUCUGCUCUAAUAAACCUGCUUCACUUGGGUUCACCUUGAGUGCCUGGACUGUCAUUUAUUACUCAGAAAUGUAAAGUGAGAUUUCUCCAGUUGCACUCUGGAGAUCAGGAGAGUGCAGUGUAUUCCACCUUAAUUACAACGUUUUAAUGAUAACAUUUCCAAAGUGAAUCCUUUAAUAAAGUUUGCAGUAAUAAUUAUAAAUCAGUUGCCAUUUUAGCUUAAACCUGGAGCAUGCAAUAAAAUGAUUAAUGUCCUAUGGGGAGAAAAUCACAAUAGAGGUUCCUUUUUACAAGUCACUGUCAAAAAUAUAAAUGCAAUGUAUUGCUCUGCAAUGCUGUGCAUCCCAAUAAGCAGAACUUUAACCCCUCAGGUGCAAUGGCAUAUCAGGACUGUCAUGGUCCUCAAAAGGUUAAGAGAGGUAAGUAUUUAAGCUGCCUGUCAGGUAUCCUUGCAACACAAUGCAUUGCUCCAGAGUAACAGAGUGUGGAUGAGAUUAUAUUGUGAGGCUAGUUACAAGAGUGGGUUGGUAAGUAGGUGAAAUGUUUAUGUGAUUGUGUAGAGUGGCUGUGGAACCUGCCUUAUCGGAACAGAGGAGCCCCUUUGUGUCUCCAACAUGCCAGAACAAUGUCACGAAGCUAAUACCACGGGCCAAUCUAUGUGAAACCGACUGUGACUUUAUGCAUGACAGAUAUGAAGUCAGGCAUGGGGCAGGUCAGCUUAGGAAAGGACUCAACGGUUGGCUUGAGAAAAUAAGGUUCAUACAGUUAUCGUACAAAGGCCAAAAACUGCCAUGUCUUCCCAUCUAUAAAAUAAUAAAAAUAAAGUGACAUGUAACUAGUGCCUGUUUAGAUAUCUCCUUGUCAAAGCUUUUAUUCAAACUAUUUUUAGCAUUAAUGCUUCAAUGCCUUUAUUGAGGUGUCUAUUGUAAUCCUUUGCCACUCAACAGAUUGGGAUAUUUUUCAGUAAAAUAUUGUAAAAUGGAUUCGAUGGACUCAUGAUAUAAGCUAAUUUUCAUUUUCAACACAAUUUCAAUCUUCAGCUGGGAGAUUUAAAUGUUAGAAAAAACAAAGUAUCCCAAAAAGGGACUAGUGGUGUGUAAAAGGCAUCUUAAAAGAGGGUAACCCUCAAUUAUAGUAAAUAGAAAAAUACAUAAAUGUCCACUCAAAAAGUCAAUGAAUGUCACCUAAAAAAAGAGAAAAUAUGCAUUAUGCCACUAGCUAGAUUAGAUUCAACUUCAUGGUCGCUAACUAAACAUUCUAUUACCUCCUUUAAAGAUACUCCAGUGGCAAGACAUGCGAGGGCAUAUCAUAGAGAUUCUGCUAAGGGCAUGACAUUUUCGUGCAUAGAAAGAGUCAAUCUAGGUAGGAGGUGAGGUGAUCUUGAUUAAUUCCACAAAAAAAGAGGGUGCUUUUGGAUUUAUAAAUUGGGCACUCUGGCACCCUACCACAUCAUAUAACAUGGGACAAUGGGUUAAACAUUGAUAUCACAUAUUGAUAGUUCACUUCCCUUCUGGUCCCCUCUUUGAUGUGUAUUACUAGGGGUCUAUACAUUCAACACAUGACACCACCCAUCCUAGCUAUGACUUUGACUAGCGAGACUCCUGCCAUUCUCCUCCUCCCGUUGGUGCAGUGUGGAGGUGGGAGUGAGUCUCCACAUGUGGGGGGUAUGCUAUGGGUAAGGUCGGAGAUGAUAGAACGGCUAACUGGCAACGCCCCCCAGAGCCGCUAUUGGCUGAGGCUAUCAUGUGUUCUGCCUUUUCGGCCCGAUAUACAGAGACCCAGUUGAGCGGCUAGUUUGAAUGCUCUGGACGAAGGUGCUUUUGUAGCGCUGAAAUGCGCAUCGGCUUGCUGUUAUUUUCUUUAUUUUUAAACACUUCACAGUUAUUUUUUGCACUAUGGUUAUGUAGUUAGCAGUAUCUUAUGGGGGAAAACUAAGUACUCUAUAUAACUAGAUGUGAGGGCGUAAUUUGAGGGAGUUUUGGAGCUGGAUUGGGGGAACAAUUGGGAGAUGUUCUGGGAGUUUUCAAAGUACAGGAAGUUUGAUUGUUUGGCAGCAUCAAGCCUUCUUUUUGCUAAUAAUUUUUUUAGUUAGCCACCAUGAAGUCGAAUCUAAUCUAGCUAGUGGCAUGAAGGCUGAUGCAUAUUUUCUUUUUUUUAGGUGCCAUUCAUUGACCAUUCCAUGCAACACUUACUAUAUGUAACAGUCAUCUGUUGUUUGGACACACUGUUACACAAAGCUAAAUUUUUAUCUCUCUGUAUAUGAUGUUUCCAAUUUCUUUAAAGGAUCACUAUGAGGUCACGAACACAAACAUGUAUUCCUGACCCUAUAGUGUUAAAACCAACAUCUAGCCCCCCUGGGCUCCUCGUGCCUCCAUAAAUAUAGCAAAAUCUUACUGUGUUCAAGCCAGAAGCUGUAGAUCUGCAUGCUGUUUGCCUACAAAAAAAACAAGCAGUCUGCUGACAUCAUCAGAAGUGGUAGCCUGAUCCAAUAACAAUGCUUCCCCAUAGGAUUGGCUGAGACUGACAAGGAGGCAGAUUAGGGGCAGAGCCAGCAUGAUUCAAACACAACCCUGGCCAAUCAGCAUCUCCUCAUAGAGAUGGAUUGAAUCAAUGAAUCUCUAUGAGGAAAGUUUAGUGUCUGCAUGCAGAGGGAGGAGAUACUGAAUGUUUUGAUGCAUUUUAGGCAGCCAUGACCAGGAAGGAUCUCUAACAGCCAUCUGAGGAGUGGCCGGUGAAGUUAUCACUAGGCUGUAAUGUAAACACUGCAUUUUCUCUGAAAAGACAGUGUUUACAGCAAAAAGCCUGAAGGUAAUGAUUCUACUCACCAGAACAAAUUCAAUAAGCUGUAGUUGUUCUGGUGACUAUAGAGUCCCUUUAAUUCAAUACAGUUCACCAAUAGAGAUGUCGCGAACCGUUCGCGAACGUCCCGCGAACGGCUCGCCACGGUUCUUGGCGAACCGUUCGUGGCGAGCUCCGGUCAGCUGACACAUCCCGGCCAAUCUCCAGCAGACCCUCCCUCCCAGACCCUCCCACCUCCUGGACAGCAUCCAUGUUCGCGACAUCUCUAUUCACCAAUACUAGUGGUGUAGAUCUAUGGGGCUCUAUAUUCCCUAUUUAAUACUACCGCUAAAGGUUUUUGCAACUGAUAUAUAAAGCUCAUUAGGUUUUUUUCUUGGAUUUCUUCCUACUCCCCCUCCCAUCCCUCUCAGCCGACUCCCAUCCAGUCCACUAUAGAGUCUCCCUCAUUUGCCACUGUGCAGAGCCUUUAAUUGUUGCUCUUUCUAAUGGGUUUAUGUUGUAUUGUAUUGUAUUUUUGUGUGUCUUUAAUAAAAUUGUAGACAUUUCAAUAGAAUUGUAUUUUUGUUGUAUAUCCUCAAGGAAUCUUUUUGUGUCCAGUGGAUUUCAAACCCAGUGGACAUUUAUGUAUUUUUGAGAUUUAAGUUUUGGCAAAAAAUCAAGGAGUAAGCUAGUUUUGCUUCCCAGCCAUUCAUUUGCCAAUUUUACUAUGGCUUUAAACUCAGGUGUUCCAGAAAAGCAAUUUGGUGGGCAGGUUUUAUAACCCAAAGGAUACUGUACGACAACAACAUAUUCUGCCAGUGGUGGUCCAACUGGGCACUAAAUUGCUACAAUAAAUGACAAAGAAAAGGCAAUUCCAAACAGUUAAAAAAAACAUUCCAAGCAACACAGUUUGACAACUAACCAGUGCUGGUAACUCUAAAUCAGAGAGAGGUAUGGGGUCCCUAUAAACCUCUAUUUUGAAAUAUACUCCUCAAUCUUCCACCGCCUGACGCGUAAUGGGAUGGCAGUUAAUAAAAACGUAUAGGAUCCAGAUGAUUGCCUACUGUUUAUUGCUCUUCUGUGUGAGCUGUGCGGUAAAGGGCGAAGAAUAAUUGUUGGCUAGGAGCCCUAAUCCAAGAGAGUAACUGGGGUUGUCCAGUUACCUGUGUUAAAAAGUUAUAGUACCAAACAUUCCUGUAACCCUCUACUCCUUGUCCAAAAAACAAAACAAAAUUAAAGCAGGAAAAAAAUCUGAAUCCCUUAAUCCCAUAAUGGGUGGAUGGGGAUGGGGGAAACCUCCAGUCCUGUCACUAUUCUGCCCAAGGGACUGGGAAUGCACCAGUCUUCUACUGGGUCCACCAUUUUGCAUAAUUUAAUUAUUUUUUAUUAUUCAAAUGUAUUUAUUUAUUAGAUGCUGUGCUGGAAGGGUUAAGUAAGGAGGAUUGUGUUGGUGUUAAUUUUGGAUUUUUUUUACAGGAAUAAUCUCAAUCACAGGCAUUGAAUAGGUUAUUGAAUAACUUCUGCUUGCAACUUUUUUUUUUUUUUUUUUUUUUUUUUUAUUUUUGUCGUGCAAGAAUUUACAACAGUGUCUGUGUAGCCACAACAGCUGUAACAGACGCAGUCAAAUAUAACAUAGUAAAACAUUUUCGUGGCAUAAGUUAACUCACCACGUUUUUGUAAUUUAAUGAACAGGAAAGACAACCUUAAGCAGUGUACGGUUCAACACAGGUAUGGGCAAAAGCGUUUAAGUAGCUGGGUCACAUGUUGGUUUACGCCUUUAUGUGAGGUAUACAGUAUUGUAUUCCAGCAGUGUUUGUGGGUGUCGUGGUAUAUCUGUCGCUUGGGGCCUAUCUGCUAAGCAGCAGCUUGAUUACUUUAGCUGGUUUAGUGCUGCAAAAUGUUUAGUAUUGGCCUAAGUCAGGGCUGAUCCUGUGUGAGUAAUUAAGCAUUAAUCAGGAGCAAUCGUUAGCUGAGGUAUAGUGUAGGACAGAAACAUAGCUGAUCUUAUGGUGCUCCAGCAAUAUUUGUGAGUCCAGGAGCAUAUAUUUCGCUUGGGCCCACCAGUUAAACAGCAGUUUUCUGCUUGCAACUUUUAACCCUCCAUCAGGUGUCAUUUCCCCAUGCUUAACAUUUCCACCACUGGCAGAAUUUAUUUGUUUUUUUUUAAACUAUUCAUGGGAAAAGUGCUAAAUAAGGAGCAAUCACCAUGGAAACCAGUAGAAUGUCCUUAAAUAUUUAGCACUCUGUGUCAGAAGAGCUCCCUUUUUACCUUGCACAUCACAGCCCUUAGUGGUGUUAGUGGGAAAUGUAAUCAAUUCAGUAUGGUAGCGAUGCACCUCGAGCUGUAUUAAAUCCCUCCAAUAAUCUACUAAUAACACAUAAAAUAUUAUAGUGUCAGCAUGGGGGGCAUCGCUGGCUGUACUGUUAGAGACACUAGGCAGUUUUCACAACCAACUUUGGGAUGAAUCCCACAAUGGGUUUUAAAUUACAAAAACAGAAAUCCGACCUGGAAAAAUGUUUCUAUGUUGCUACAGGACACAGCGAUAUGACAGCUUCAAAACAUGUCAUCCAGAACAAAUGGCCUGCAUAUGAUUCAUUCCAAAGCUUAUUUAUUCCAUUAAUCCACACUGUAUCACUGGUGCUUUGGGGGGCAGUUUAUCUCAGUCUCUCAGAUUUGACCUCUUGCUCCUCCACCCCAGCCCUCUCCCUGUUUUUCUUCUGACUCCUCCACACAUGUUCUUGCAGGCCGCAGUUUUAGGGAAGGCCUUGAAAUUGAGGUUUUCUUCUCUCAACAGCACUGACCUACUCCCUCUAUACACUUGGCAGUUUCUGAUUAUUGUGGCUCAUAUUAAUGAUGAUAGGAGCAGUUGAUGCGGGGGUUGGGGCAAAAAGAUAAAGAGAAAGGAGUCAAAAAAUUCUCUUGACAAUGAACAUAAGGCCUAACCUUGGCUGGCAGGCUCGUGACAGUGAUAAAUGCAAAUAGGUAUCAAAUAAUCUAGGAAUCUUAAACUGUGUUUUGCUUUCAAUAAUCUGUCUUUUUAGGCCUGGGGACUAGUUUUGCUUUCUUCUCUCUUCUGGUUUUUCAUUCAUGUUUUCACAGACAGGACACUGAGACAUGACAGAGUCUGUCUGUCUAUCUAUUCAAUACAUUCUAUAUGUUUUCUAUUUUUAGUGCAUCUGUAUGUCAACUGAACAGGCAGAGGAGGGCUGGCAAGGAGGCCAGGGUGCAUUUAGCCAUGGGCCACUAGUAUAGAGAGCUGUGUGGACUGCUGCCUCACAGCACAGUACAAAAUAUAUUAUGUAACCUUAUAUUUUCACUAUUAUUGUGUGCCAGUUUUUGCAGUGUUAGUACGAAGCAUUUAGUAUGAAAUGUAGAAAGGGUGCAGGGUGUGUUGUGACAAUGUGCUGCUUCGGUCUCAAAUAGGGCUAUUUGUUUGUACCCCAGUUGAACCCCAGGCCAAAAGUAGUCAGCUCCCCCUGUGAACAACGUUCCCAUGUUGCCUUUUAAUUAACAUAACCUGUGUAGAUUGGUAACUCUUAUUGAAAUGGAUACAUGUUACAUUUUUACUUCAGGAGUAAAAUCUAUAUUGAUGCAAUGCUCCCCUCUACAGUCUACACUAAAAUAACCACUAAUACAAGUGCCUCAAUUGCAGUCUGUUAUCACAAACUGCAGUGACUAGCUCCGGUAACUCAUUUUGUGAACUACAUUUCCCAUGAUACAAAGUUAGGUGCAAGUCACAUCUGAAAUUGGCCAUCAAUCAGUACAACAUCCGUACCUCUGUACUCAUAUGAAAAUGCAGUCCUGAUGAAAGUUCACACUGAGCACUAAAACGUCGACCUAGAUGGUGACUUUACAAUUCAAGAAGGAAAACUGUGGAACUCAUAGAGUGGUAUUUUUUCAUAUUUUUCUAUUUGGAGUGUUGACAAGCGAAGAUAUUUGAAACAGAGUUGGAGUGCAAAGAAUUGGACUAUUAUAUAUAUACAUACCAUAUACAAGAUCAGUGUUAUUUACUACACUGAGAAUUCAAAGUUAAUUUCAAAUUUAAGGCCAGACUAGUCAAAUUAAAGGAAGCAUAACUGACGUGAGAAUUUUUCCAGUUUGGCUAUUUUGGCCUUAAAUUUGAAACUCACUUUGAAUAUUCACAUUCGUGAAUAACCCUGUAAGUAUUUAUAGACACUGUGCAAGUCCUGUGAAAUAUAAUGCAGUACCUGAUUACUGCAAUGCUUACAAGACAAAAAAAACAACAACUUUAUGCUGAGCAAUUAGUUCCCUCCAUUUUUAUUGUCAAUGACUUGUUUUAAUGGUUUUCAUUAAGGCAUAAUUGAUUUUAUACAUGUUGGAUGUAUAACAUUUUAUAGAGUUGCCAUCAUGCAAAUUGUGUGCAAAUGAAGACCUAAUUAUUUUGUGUUCACCUUUAAUCAAAAAUAGGAAAACAAAUUAAAAAGGAAAGCUAAAAGCAAACAUAAUAGUUUCUACUAAUAUUGAGAGUCUUACAAGCUUAUACAAAACCAGCAUUCAGAGCUUUUGAAUUAAUUUUUUUGCUUUCCUUGUGUUCAGGGCUAUUCACUUAAGUGAAAAUUGUUGAGAAUUGAAAGUGAAUUCAAAGUAAAUUUAAGGCCAAAGUAGCCAACAAAUUUGAAAGUCACAGUUUAGGAAAUAACCUCAUUAAUCUAAUACAAAACGGAAUUCCUAAGACUACAGUGUCACUCUGCCUCUUCCCCUCCCCUACACCCCCAUCUAUGGAAAGUGGUAAAUAACCCUUUACAGACUUACCUGCAGGAUAGGGUGACAGGGACACUGCACUCAGACCACUUCAAUGAGAUAAAGCACUCUGGGUGCCUAUAGAGUCCGUUAAACAUGUGGCAUUCAGCCAUUUUAUACGUUGCCUGGUUAGGAGGCCAUUAUAAACAAUGACUGGCUUCACACCUCACCUCUACAAAAACAGGGAUUCUUGACCAUUUUUACAGAGCAUUUAAAAACUGAAGAAAUGUUUAUAAAACGAAGGAAAGGAUGAACAUGAUGCACCUUAAAGACCCUAAAGAUUCUUUUAGAUAUGUCCAGGUGCGCGUAAGGGUUAAUUAUCUGUUCCUGUAAAACCUUUGGAAUAGUGCACUGGGCUGGAUUCCCUUUGCUGGCUGGGACAAGCAAAUGUUAUUAUACUCAGGAUUUGAUUCCCAUCAGAGGCAAACAGAGAGAAGCUUUAAAAAUGUUGAAGAACAGGCUCAGGUUUAGCUACAGUGAUCAGAAAAGGGAGCGGCUUUUUGUGUUAGCUAUAGCAGAGGAUUCACAGCGCCACUGCAUGAUAUGUGAAGGUAUAUAAUAAAUAUACUAAUAUAAAUAAGAAUGUAUUAGUGUGUAUAUAUAUAUGUAUGCUUACAAUUUGAUAUAAAUGUUACCAUAGUUCACUGUUUAGAAGAUAAAAUCCACAACUUCCUUCCAUAGUUCAUCACCAAAUGCACAGGUGAAGCGUGAAGAUUAAACAUUACAUAGGAGAUGUUUUUAAAAUGUAUUUUGUAACAUUGUGUGUAUCUCUUCAAAUUGUUUCUUGCAAGCGGAAGGUGAAAAGAUCCAGGUAAAAAGAGUCAAGUCCAUCUGUUACCAUAUCAUAUUAACUAAUAUAUCAUUAAAGAUGCAUUUAAAAAAAAAAAUGUAUACAGAAUCUGAUAAAGUAAUGUGUUUAAGCAGAAAGCAGAGUAUUCCACAUAUUGCCCUCCCUGUAAACAACCAAUUCCUCUGCCAUAGGCAAAAUCUCCUUUCUUCCAGUCUGAUUUGUUGACAUAUUGUACUUUGUCCAGUCCUACUAAUGGAAUAUGAAAAUUGUAUUUUAUCACGAAACUAAUUUAAAGAAAAAAUAUUUCUAUGCAUAAGAAUACUUUAUUGGAUUUUGCCACUGCUGCCUGACAUUGUGCCUUGUUGUCUAGUAUGUUGUUGAUAUCUGCUUCCUACGUAUUCUCAUUUAUUGUUCUUCGUAGCUUGAUUUAUAAGUUGCUUGUGCACUUCUCAUCCCAAAAUGCAUAAAUGUAUUUAUCUGCAUUAAAUCUUACAUGCUCCUGAAUCUGGUAAUGCUAUUAAUUUAUUAUUUGUCCAAAAGAAGGGCUUGGGUGAUAUAGUUGGAUACUUAAUGUGUCUGGCUUAAAAGAACACUCCAUUGAAAAGUAACUUUUUUAAAAACAAUUAGUAGAUAUCCCCAAUUAAAAAUAAAUACACGUUUUCUUUAGGGUUAUAUAUUAAAAAAAAAACAGCUUGGAAAUGUUGCAUACAAGCUUUCUGCAGCCUUGGCAUACCCUUCCCUCUCUCCCAGCACAGACUUUCAGUCUGUGGCAGGGAAGUGCUAUCAGAGGUUGCUCAUUGAAAAGCCUCUGUACUUCAAAAAAAUAUAUAUAAAGCCUCUGUACUGUAGUGCGAGCACAAGCUCUCGGCUUUCCAAUGCUUUUCAAUGAGGUGUUAUACAGCUCAUUAAGAAACAAGGAAGGCAGGAGUGUGCUAGCCCAAUGCACCUGCCACUUCUGUUAGCUCUGUGGACCUAACAGAAAUGGAAGAAAACCUCAGUGGCAAUCUGAGUGACAGGCAAAGAGAUGUUUCUGGCCUAAAUGAUAAAAGUGCAAAUUUCUAUUGAAAUCGUAACUUUUAUAAACUGUUACAAAUGUGACAGACUGCAGACACAUAACGCACUUCAGCAAGCUUUAACUGACGGAUGAAUAUCUUGUCAUAGAACCAGGUGACUUAUAGCGCUGUAGAUGGAUUCUAGACACAUCACACUAUUAUACUGAUGAUAAUGGUUUGGAAGCAGUAAGGUCAGGCAUAUGGACCACAUGGUAAUGAAUGCAUGGAAUAUCAUUGGUUUUUAAGGGGUCUUCAAGAGCUGCUUUAAUACAGUCUCAAAUUUUAUUUGAGGCAUGAUCCUCAUGUAAUCACAGCUUGGAUAUCGUAUUCUUUUUUUUUAGUGUAAAAUAUUUAUUGGAAACUGAGCAUGAUCAACAUAUAAUUACUUCUAGCCCUGGCCACCCAAAGCAUAGGUUCAGAUAUAAAAUUGCACUUUACAGUAGUUCCCAACAGCUUAUGCAAAGCAUGCAUAAUUGAUGUAGAAUCUUUGAUCAAAAGUAGUUUUUUUUUCCAAUCUUUAUUUAACUUUCACAAAGAUUACAAUAAAUGCCAAAUAAAAAGUAAGUAAAUAAAAUGCCAUAGGUAAUUUAUCUUUUGAUCAGAUGUAGUUUUGGCACUAAUUAGAGACUAAAAAACUGGUCUGUAACUCGAAAUUUCAUCUGAGGUCUUUAGAUUAAUAUUUAAGAUUAUGCAGCUUGGUAUGUGAUUUGUAAUUUACAUAAAUUUCAUCCUACAUCAGGCAUCAUUAUUUAGUCAACCCCCAACAUACAAAAUUAUGAUAACACCUUACAUUAGAAGUAAAUGUCAUGCGUUAAAACAUAUGUGCAAUGUGGUUGGAUUGUUAUUGGUCCAUGUAGUUUGUCUGUUAAGCACACUUGAGCAGCAGUUAUCAUGAUAUGCAAACACAAACACAAAACCAAUUACACAUUUAAUCAGUUUAUUUAUUAAACUAUUUCAGAUCAUGCUUAAUCCCCAUAACAACUCCACAGAUGUCUUUUUCAAAAUUUAUUUUUGGAAUUCCAAACGCAGCUUUUCAACCCUUGUGAGAUUUUUCUAUGACUCCAUUAUUGAUUUAGAGCCAAAUAUGCAAUAAUGAUGUGCAGCCCCUUUGGGUAAUCACAAUAUAUGUCUAUAUGAUUUCCAUAAAUUGGCUUGAAUACAAAGUCCAAUUUAACCACUUACUAACAUAUUUACCAUGUUUCUUUUCAAUUUUGUAAACGUUACAGGCUUGACCAGUUUUAAAAAAAAUGUUUUAUCUAGCUCUACAUCAAAUUAUUUUAUAACAAAAUUUAAAAUAAAAUCAACUCAGUCCACUAAAUGUCAGUGAAAAUGCUGUUGUUACUAAAAUAAAUUUUGUUCAGAAGUCAGUUUAAAAAUGUGUGAUAUUUAGUAUCAGGGCUACCUGCCUGGCCUCUAAAAAUAGCUCCACUUACCUAAACCCUGCUGUGCAGGACCGCUGAAAUGUGUCUCCUGAGUGAGCAUGCAUGGCCUGGCUACGCUCACUAGCAGAAUGUCUUCACAUGUUGCUAAACUAUAACCUUGAUUUAAUCAUUUUGUUAAGCUUUCGAACAUGAUUUAAUAUUUUUGGAUAAGCUUUUAAAAAUAUUUUUAAAAGAAUUAGAAUAUAAAAAAAUAUAUAUACAUGUGUUUGUCCUGAGGAAAGAUCCCAUGUGGCACCUUUAUGUGACACCUUUACAAGUAAAACCUUUUAAUUGGUAAUCCUUGGAGUGCUGAUAAUUUGUAUACAGUAACUGACAAAAGUGAGUACACCCCCUCACAUUUUUGUAAAUAUUUUAUUAUAUCUUUUCAUUUCACAACACUAAAGAAAUGACACAAUGUAAAGUAGUAAGUGUACAGCCUGUAUAACAGUGUAAAUUUUCUUUCCCCUCAAAAUAACUCACACAGCCAUUAAUGUCUAAACCGUUGGCAACAAAAGUGAGUACACUCCUAAAUGGAAAUGUCCAAAUUGUCAAUAUUUUGUGUGGCCACCAUUAUUUGCCAGCACUGCCUUAACCUUCAUGGGCAUGGAGUUCACCAGAGCUUCAUAGGUUGCCACUGGAGUCCUUUUCCACUCCUCCAUGACGACAUCACAGAGCUGGUCGAUGUUAGAGACCUUGUGCUUCCCCACCUUCCAUUUAAGGGGUGCCCCACAGAUUCUCAAUAGGGUUUAUGUCUGGAGACAUGCGUAGCCAGUCCAUCACCUUUACCUUCAGCUUCUUUAGCAAGGCAAUGGUUGUCUUGGAGGUGUGUUUGGGGUCGUUAACAUGUUGGAAUACUGCCCUGCGGCCCAGUCUCUGAAGGGAGGGGAUCAUGCUCUGUGUCAGUAUGUCACAGUACAUGUUGGAAUUCAUGGUUCCCUGGAUGAACUGUAGUUCCCCAGUGCCAGCAGCACUCAUUCAGGCCCAGACCAUUACACUCCCACCACCAUGCUUGACUGUAGGAAAGACACACUUGUCUUUGUACUCCUCUCCUGGUUGCCGCCACACACUUAACACCAUCUGAACCAAAUAAGUUUAUCUUGGUGUCAUCGGACCACAGGACAUGGUUCCAGUAAUCCAUGUCCUUAGUCUGCUUUUUUUCAGCAAACUGUUUGCGGGCUUUCUUGUGCAUCAUCUUUAAAAGAGGCUUCCUUCUGGGAAGACAGCAAUGCAGACCAAUUUGAUGCAGUGUGCGGUGUACGGUCUGAGCACUGUGCUGCAUCUCAGUUUCAGGGUUUUGGCGAUCUUCUUAUACCUUAGGCCAUCUUUUUGUAGAGCAACAAUUCGUUUUUUUCAGAUCAUCAGAGAGUUCUUUGCCAUGAGGUGCCAUGUUAAACCAGUGUCCAGUGUGAGAGCGAUAACACCAAAUUGAACACACCGGCUCCCCAUUCACACCUGAGACCUUGUAACACUAACAAGUCACAUGACACCGGGGAGGGAAAAUGGCUAAUUGGGCCCAAUUUGGACAUUUCCACUUAGGGGUGUACUCACGGUUUAGACAUUAAUGGCUGUAUGUUGAGUUAUUUUGAGGGGACAACAAAUUUACACUGUUAUACAGGCUGUACACUUACUACUUUACAUUGUAGCAGAGUGUCAUUUCUUCAGUGUUGUCACAUGAAAAGAUAUAAUAAAAUAUUUACAAAAAUGUAAGGAGUGUACUCACUUUUGUGAGCUACUGUAUAUAUAUACAUAUAUAUAUAUAUAUAUAUAUGUAUAUAUAUAUAUAUAUAUAUAUAUAAAUAUAUCAAAUAUAAAAAUAAACUUUAAAAAUAUUAAAUAAUUUGAAAAAGCUUAUCCAAAAAUAUUAAAGUCUAUGAAUGUAACUGAGUAAGUAAUUUGUAAUAUGAUCAAACAGGUUUACCCUACUAAGGGGUGCCCUACAUUUCCUGUUGAGUUUAAUUAACAUUAACAAUGCCCUUUCGUAUCUCGUUCUUGCCCCUCCUUCUUUAAAAGGCACAGCUGGUCACCCUAAUUUGUAGACACAGCUGCUUAUUAUGAGUUAUUUUGAUACAAUCACUCACAUCAAACAUUAUGAAUUACUACAAUAGAUAGAAACUGGAGUAGGAAAAAUGAAUCGAUGGAUUCAGAAUCAACGUGAGACUUUUCUCCUAAUACUCUGUGGAGUUUUUUACAUUUAUUUAUUUUGCCUGCUUUAAUGUAUUCUGCUCUGACAUCACAAUUCUUAAUGUUAGUUGCAUCCAACGAGACUUCCCAGAAUCCUCAGCAGAGACGUGUCUCGGAUUUAGAUUGACAGUCAGUGGCCAAACCGAAGUGAAACCAGAUGAGUAAACUGGGAAAAGGUGGGAGGAGGGGUUGAUAUAGGGAAGCUCCCUACUUUAGUUUCGGACUUAUCACUGACCUACAGCCUUAUCUAAGUGGGUUCUGACCUCUGUGAGAUGAUUUGAAAGAAUCUGAAGAUCUGCAGCUGUAGGGCAAUAGGACUGACGUUGAGAGAAUGGAAUUUGCAUAAGUGCUGUCGGAUUCGCUGCUCUUUGCAAAAAUAUUUAUUAUUAUCCCACUUCUUUCGAAAUUAUUUUGGAAAUAUUACACCCUUACCGUAGUAAUUACUACUAGAAUCUUGCGUAAAAAGUGAUCAAUUUAAUAUACUUGAAUUCAACACAUAAUCAUGAAUAAACACUCAAAUAUUUCUGACACAAGUAUAUACUAAUAUAUUUUAUUUAUAUUGUUAAUGUCUAUGUUUUGUUAUGUGCUACUGCCACAAAGAAGAUAUGACCAUUAUUAUAAAAUGUUUAUUUUCAUUUGAUCUGUGUUUGCGCUUGCAAUUCCAACACAAUAUGUCUAUCAUUUAAUGCAAUACAUAUUUGCAAUGCAUAUUUUUUAUAUUACAUGUAACACAAUACAUAUAUAUAAUUUUUUGUUAUUAAUUAAUUUUUGUUGACAGAUGUGUCCAUCGUUGGCCAUCAAGAAGAUUCCAUAAUUUUCUGCCAGUGCAUUGUUAUAAAAUCUAGAAUUGAAAAAGGAGAGGUAUUGUUUUGUUCUUUAAAUCUAUGUUCAUUGAAUGUAUUUAUUCAUAAAGACAAAAAGAAACACUUACGGUAUUUAUAGCAUUGGCAGAUAGGGCUGCUGGAUCAGUCAUGUGUUUCUGAAUAUCUAUCACUUCCCUAUCACACCCACCACUCAUGGGCAGGGCCCAUGGAAUGGCAACCUGCAAUUUGUGUAAUUCAUAGCGAAUAAAAGAGUAAGUCAGUUCAAGGAUGAAUUUCAAAGGAACAGCUCGAAUAAAGUGGUUUUUGCAACACCUAUAUAAACAUAGGUUUUAUUGGUGGUUUUUUGGGGGGUUGAAGCCCUGGAUGUGGGGCUCUUUAGUCCCAUAUCUCUACAGUUGGUGGAAGGGGUAAGAGGAUAUUAGUGGUUUUUUUUUUGGUUUUUUUUAAAUCACAGAGCAGCUAUUUAAAGCAGCCACCAAAUACAAAAAUAAAUAUCAAUAGAAUAAUACCUUUAGGCUAUCCAGGGGGAGGUGGUGGUGUUCCCCAGGUAACGGUCGUGUAGGGGUGCUGGGGAACAGAACUUUGCUGCAACCCCCUCUACUAGUUAGGUAGCAGAGAAGAGUUUAAUCUAUUCUGUAUUCUAAAUAUAGCCUCCUGUGUCAGAGCCAUUUACAAAGUAAUGCUGAAUCCCCCUUAUUCAAACUCAGUUUCUAUUAAGUUUCCUCUAUGAAAAAAUUAAACGUAUUUGUUAAAUAAAAAAAAAUAAAAAAAAUACUAUACCCUAUAGAGAAAUUUAACAUUUCAUUGACAUUUGAUAGGGCAGCACUGUGUAGCAAUGUGACUAAAUAAUCAGAUUAAAAAGAGUCCUUCUAAAAAAGUCUAAGAUUUUAAAGUCAUAAAGAGAUAUCCAGAGCUAAAUUUUGAAGCACCUGUACUUCUUGCAGAUAUUAUGGAGCAGGGAUUCCCUGUCCUUGUCUUCCUUUUAUUCUGUCGAACAGAGCUGCAACAAUUUGAUUCACACUGACCUGCAAAACAUGUACAGUGCAUGCAUGCCUUAAAAAUUAUCUGUUUUGAUAAUAAAAAAACACACACAUAAACAAAUACCAAAAUUUAUUUGAUGGUGUGGCUUUUAAAUGCUUGUCAAGUAGUUUCAUUCAUGUUUCUUCAUGAACGAAAAAAAUAAUUAAAUCUUAGUAACUUUCUCACCCCUGCAGAGGCAGCAAACAAGGGUAAUUCACAGUAAACUAUCUAUUUUUAAUUUUAUUUGGCAUUUUAAUGCUUUAUUAUUAUUGUAAUUAUUACUAUUAUGUAUUAAUUAGAAAGAAGGGGAUUCAACUCCAUCCUGCAGUGUCUCUUUAUGUUAUAUAGAAUAUUUUGGUUUUAAACCAGAACAGGACAUAAUCUGUGGUUCAAAGAGCACUAAUAGAUUGAUAAAUUCUAUAUUGUGAUGGAAUCGCCCUGGUGCCAGUGCAGGCCAGGACUGUACAAACAUAGCCCUCUCUGUAACUGCUGCCUGCACACUAACUCUGCUGCUCACCAUCAGUAAGUAAUUAUGUUCAUUGGGAGGCAAUUAAUUUUUCUUUUAACCUGCCAAGUUUAGAUGAUCUUGCAGGGCUGGUUCCUUGGUUGGUGUCCCAUAGGAACCAUUACUGAAAAACCAAAGAAAACAUGACAUUAUAUAAAACAGAUCCCAGCUUGAGCCUCAGACUCCCCUUACUGUGUAUAAAUGCCUCAGACUUACCCAAACACUAAAUGAAAACCUUCCAGGGAUGUGUGGAAUGUUCAAUUUGCCAAAUUUUUCAGCAUACCCUUGAGGGAGUGGAAAAAAUUAGUUAAGACUUAUGUAUAUUUUAGGUCUAUUACUUAACAUUCUGUCAAUUAUCAGCUACAAUGUAAUAUACUUGUUACAUUAGAAAACAAAAGAAAGAGAAAGGGAAAUUGUAAAAGGCUAACUGGAAACUGGAACAAGAAAGCUUGUGUUUUAAUGCCUUUAAAUCAUUAUGUUGGGAUGAUUAUAUUCUAAUUUACCCCUAUCAAACCAUAUAUUUUUUAAAAUUAGACACCCUAGGGUAUUUUAAAUGGUGGUAUUUUAACACUUUCCUUGCACUAAUUCUACCACCAGUCUACGUUAAACUUUUGGGUAGUCCUUUUAUUGUGUUAUUUUUCUCUCACAUUGUACUUUAGGCAUGGAUUCCCAGCUCCUGUUAUGGUUUACUGACAAAAAACACCCCAAUAUGUCUUCAGCAACAUCUCCUGAGUGCAGUGAUACCAACCAUGUACUGGUAUGUUGGGUUCUAUGGGGGCUAAAAGACUUUAUUUGGAGGAAAGCUCAAACAGUCCCCCUGCUGGCAACUCCUAGACUCCUAUUGCGGCGAUGUGAUCAUGGUGAUCACAUGGCCCUGGAGGGCCAAGGUGGCCAGAGCUGCUGCAGGGGAGCUGCUGGGGUCUCCGGCAGUCCCCCCCGACCAUGAUCGCUGCGGAUCACCGGUCCAGGUAAGUCCAGGGCUCCUAUUUGCCGCGGUGGUACUAGGUACGUCCGUGGUCCUUAAAGACCGUUUUUAUGUCUGACGUAUGUAGCACAUCCACAAUCAUUAAUGGGAUAUACACACAUAUAUAUAAUUUCAUUCUAAGUGCAUUUCGAUAUAAAAAUAUAUAUAUUAAUAUCAAAAUACAGUUAGAAUAAAUUUACAUAUAUAUAAUUUUUUUUAAUUACUUUUACAGGUUUUUUUAUUUAUUUUGAAUUAUUAUUUAUUUUUAUAAUAUAAAUAUACACAAUUCAGGCAGUCCCCCUGCUGGCAGCACUGUGGACACCUAUGGCGGCUUUGUGAAUGCUCUUUUAGAGUAGUCACAUGCCCCCUGCGGGUCCUAAAUUGCAGAGGGGGGACUCUCUGGGCUAAGCCCAGACAGUCACCCCUAAGAAGAAGACUGAUCACUGGCGGGGGAACGGCGGCGAUCUGUAAGUACAUGGGGAGGGAGAGGGAGGGUUAAUUUUUUUUAAAAUUUUUUUAUUUAAUUAUUUUUUUAUUUAUAUUUACUGAGUGCCAUGACCCCUCAAGGCACUCAGUACAGGCAGAGCAUUGGAAGCCUGCCUGAUGGCUUCCGAUGCUCUACAAACUGCCGGGCUCUAUGUGGAGCAACCCAGAACAUUCCGGGGAGAGCGAUCACCCGGUGUUCUCCGGGGUCCACCCGCAGUGAGGGGCGUAUUGCAGCAAUGCCUCGAGGCAUCACUGCAAUACCAUUAGAGCUGCUGGAAGCGAUCAUGAUCGCUUACAGCGCUCUAAUUCCCCUCGGACGUAUCAGGUACGUCCGCGGCCCUUAAGGACCGUUUUUUUUCGGACCUGAUAUGUACUUGGUCCUUAAGGGGUUAAAGGGACACUAUAAACAACUUUACCUUAAUGAAGCAGUUUUGUGUACAGAUUAUGCCCCUGAAGUCUCACUGCUCUAUUCCCUGCCAUCCAGGAAUUAAAUCACUUUGUUAAUACAGCUCCCUCCAUGUGACUUGCACAGCCUUCCUAAAAACUUCCUUUAAAGAGUCAUCUAAUGUUUAUACUUACUUUAUUGCAAAUUCUGUUUAAUUUAAACGUUCUUAUCUUCUGCUCUGUUAAUAGCUUGCUAGAUCCUGCAGGAGCCUUCUGUAUGUAAUAAAAGCUCAAUUUACAGAGCAGAAGAUAGAAACUUUUAAAGUACCGUAUUUAUCGGCGUAUAACACGCACCGGCGUAUAACACGCACCUCAUUUUAAGAAGGAAAUUUCAGGGAAAAAAAACUUAAAGGACCACUAUAGUGCCAGGAAAACGAGUAUGUUUUCCUGGCACUAUAGUGGUCCUUUAAGUUUUUCCCCCUGAAAUUUCCUUCUUAAAAUGAGGUGCGUGUUAUACACCCUCAGGGACCCCCUCCCGCCGGGCUCUGGAGAGAGGAAGGGGUUAAACACUUACCUUUCUCCAGCGCCGGGCGGGGAGCUGUACUCCUCCUCUCCUCCUUGCUCGCGACGUCAUCGGCUGAAUGCACAUGCGCAUUCAGCGGUCGCAUAGGAAAGCAUUUACAAUGCUUUCCUAUGGAUGCUUGCGUGCUCUCACUGUGAUUUUCACAGUGAGAAGCACGCAAGCGCCUCUAGCGGCUGUCAAUGAGACAGCCACUAGAGGCUCUGGAGGCUGGAUUAACCCUCAGUAUAAACAUAGCAGUUUCUCUGAAACUGCUAUGUUUAUAAAAAACAAAAAGGGUUAAUCCUAGAGGGACCUGGCACCCAGACCACUUCAUUAAGCUGAAGUGGUCUGGGUGCCUAGAGUGGUCCUUUAAAUUUUAAAUAAAGAACUUCUUACCCCCCUUUCUUACUCCCCCCUCCCCCUCUUACCCCCUUCUUACUCCCCCUCCCCCUCUUCUUACCCCCUUUCUUACCCCUCCCCUCUUCUUACCCCCCUUUCUUGCUUACUCCCCUCCCCUCUUCUUCUUCCCCCUCCUCUCUUGCCCCCUUCCCUCUUGUUGGCCCCUCCCUCUUGUUGCCCCCUUCCCUCUUGUUAGCCCCCCUCCUCUUGUUGCCCCCCCCUCUUCUUCCCCCUCCCCUUUCUUACUCCCCUUCCCCCCUCCCCUGUAGCGUGGCCGAGCCGCUCUGCGUCCGCGGUGGCCGGCCGGAGUGAUAGGAAGGUGCACGCUCAGUGUGCACCUUCCUGUCAGUCCGACCGGGUACAGGAAACAGAAACUCCUGUUCCAUGCGGAACAGGAGUUUCUGUUUCCUGUACCCGGUCAGACUGACAGGAAGGUGCACACUGAGCGUGCACCUUCCUAUCAGUCCGGCCGGCCACCGCGGACGGCAGAGCGGCUCGGCCACGCUACAGGGGAGGUGAGUACCAACUGCAGCCGCCUGAGCGCUCUUGACAGAGCGCUCAGGCGGCUGCAGAAUUUAAAGGGCCGGCGUAUAACACGCACCCACAAUUUCUCCCCUAUUUUCAGGGAGAAAAAGUGCGUGUUAUACGCCGAUAAAUACGGUAAGUUACAUCUGAUUUAAAAUAAAACAAUUUUGUUUCAUGCAGGAUAUGUCAGUCACACCAGGGGAGGGCUGCAUAAACAAACAAAAGUUGUGACAAACUCCCCUCUUCAAGUGAGUUUGCGACGAGCUCCUGGAGGAGCCUGCUUGCCAGCCUUCUGCCCACAGACUAUGGGCCCUGCAGGGAAACCUGUAAAAGCCUACCAAAGUCAAAAUUAUGACUUCCAGGACCCCUGAACUGAUCUGGGUAAUUUUUGGAUAUGUUGGUCACGCAGAUUAGGGCUAUCAGGGGAUGUAAAAUUUGUGGGGAUAUCAUGUCUUUUGGGACUUUUUAGAAAUGUAUGUUUUUCUGUGCUUGGAGAUAAUUGGAUUAGAAUUAGUACAGUUUUCUCCCAAGCAGAGGGGAGGGAUUGUGUGUCAUGUGUAGGAGUGCCUUCAUUGAAAAUUUGUUAUUAUUGGUUUGUAAGCUUGUGUCCCUGUCCCCAACAAGGUCCAUGUGGGCAUACACCUUGCUUGGGGAUUGUCAUAAAAGGCCAGUGUGGCACCAUUAAAAUCUAUUAAACUCCAGCUUAAACUCCAAAACUGUGUGUCGUCCUAUUGGAGGGAAAGAAGGUUUACUCCUGUGUCUGCUGUUCCAGCUUGCAGGGGAUUCAACAGGGAAAAUCCUUGUAAGGACUAGAGCUAAUUCCCCAUUCAGCUCCAGGAAGGAGCAGUUCCAGAGCACCAGUCAAGCCACGGCAACUGUGGACAGAAAUGCUGCAGUUUGUCCCUUGUUCCAGCUAGGAAGCGGUCCUUGGCGGAGGUACCCAGCAAGGGGUACAGGGAGCUCUGUUACAAAAGUGAUUGAACUACUAAAUGGCAGAGUACUGAUCAGUGAGAUUUCAGAGUCAUGAUCUAUACACCAAAACUGCUUCAUUAAGCUAAAGUUGUUUUGGUGAUCAUAGUGUCCCCUUAAUGCACUAGUAGUAUACCUACAGAGCCAUGCCCAAUGAGUAGGACAUUCUACGGCAACACAUCUAAGGACCAUAUUUUAUGCCAGCAGACCAUUUUUGAUUCUCGCCACGUUACUUGUGUAUGAAUCCCAUGUAUGAAUCCCAUGUGUGUCAUAUCCAGAUAGAAGCUGUUUAGUGCGAUACUAGUCUAGUAAGUUUGAAUGACUGUAGGAUAGUCCAUGUUAAGUAUGUUAUUGGCUACAUGUGAACAGCAAAUUCACACUGCGAUAUGCAGAUGAAAGUAUUACACAGUGUAGUUUACAAUACAGGGUUUAAUGGCAUCAUGUUUGUGCAAAAUAAAAAGAGAAGUUUGCUUUCUAGUAAAAAUAGACAUGAUUGUGUAACCAAUCAGAGUGCUCUAAAAGAGAUUUGUCUCUCGAGAUUUGUGUGGGAAAACAAAAGAUUAUGCAGAGAAAACUGAAGGUGGAGUCCUCACAUUUUGUUUCAUUUUAAAGGACCACUAUAGUGCCAGGAAAAUAUACUAAUUUUCCUGGCACUAUAGUGCCCUGAGGGUGCCCCCACCCUCAGGGUCCCACUCCUGUGGCGCUGAAGGGGGAGGAAGGGGUUAAUCCCUUAUCUUUUUUCCAGCGCCGGGCUCCCUCUGCGCUGGGACUCUCCUCCCUCUUCUGACGUCCCUGGCUGAAUGCGCAUGCGCGGCAAGAGCCGCGCAUGCAUUCUGCCAGUCUCAUAGGAAAGCAUUCUCACUGAGACAGCUACUAGAGGUUGGAUUAACCCUAGGUAAACAUAGCAGUUUCUCUGAAACUGUUAUGUUUACAGCAAAAAGGGUUAAUCCUAGCUGGACCUGGCACCCAGACCACUUCAUUAAGCUGAAGUGGUCUGGGUGCCUAUAGUGGUCCUUUAAGCUUGCAUUAAUUGAUAUGCAUGGGACCCUAUUUACAUACAGCAUUUGGUCAUGUCAACGACAUCUUAAUUCAGGGUUUUUUAGGUAUGGCUUAUUUUUGUGAUAAAUGUACUAAAUAAGUUUAUAUAAUGAUAAAUUGCCUUGUUUGUUCCCAGCCUCUGUUCCUGUCAUUCAGUUAUAUUGGGUUACAGUGUUUCCCAGAUACCUUUGGGGGAGGGGUGAUCAUGAUCCUGCUGCCAUGGGUAUACUGGAGACAGUCACUUGUUACAAGAGGGCUACAUUGUAACAGUAAUGAUACAGAGUUACAUCCCUGAUGAUUGAAGUUACUCUUUCAAUUGUAUCCAGAACAUGAUCACGUCUCGCUCCUAUUGUUGAAGAAUAGAAAGAGGCCCACAUUUGCGAGAGGGGCAGCUACGGCACAUUAAUGCUUUGUAUUAAAAAGUGUAAAUACACAGUAUGGUGCCAAUGGUUAUAUUAGCAUCCUAUCCAAACAGGUAUAUGUCCUGACCUUGGAGUACAAGUCUAGAAAUUCAAAACAAAUAAGGGGACUGCAGACAUGCUAAGCACUUCAUGACAGCAUUAUUGUACUUUUUAUUUUCUUAUUUUGAAUGUUUAUUUAAGAAUGGGCAAAGUCUGGUACAUCAGGUGCUGUGGACUGCAAUCCAAUGAUGCUCAGUAUGAAUUAAAUCAUACAUAUGAAUGUUACACUACAAGGAAUAAAAAACCUGCAAUGGAACUCCGAGAAGUGUUCUUGGUGCCAAAUGCCUCUCAUUUUAACCAUGCUGCCGAAAACAUGUUUUCAUUGCAGGGCUUAUGUGCCUCUAGUGAGUCACUCAAGCAGCUAGUAGAGGAGCUUCCAGUGAAAUAGGAGAGUAAGACAUAUUGCCACACAUGCACACUAACCUCCUAUUGCUUUCCUAUGUGAAAGCAUUGGAUUGGCUGCAAUCAUCGGUUUUUAUGAUCUAAGUCAUGGAGGCGGAGCUUGCCUGUAGAGAGAAAAGGUAAGAAAAAAACAAUUUUUUCUCCCUGCAGGUGGGUAACGAUCACCUAAACAGACAACAAGGCAUUAUAGCAUUAGGAAUAUAGAUUUGUAUUCCUAACGCUAUAGUGUUCCUUUAACUUGAUAAAAAAAGAAAAUAAACAGUUUUAAAUUUUAUAAGGCUACUUAAUAUUACCUAUCGCAGCAAACAAAUGUAGGGAUUCAGUUCCCCCAUAUGGCCAUAUUGUGACAUGUUAAGGUCACCACUACAUGGGAGACUAACAACAACUUAGAGAUAAAUGAACUAAACUGUAUUUAUUUGAACUCAAAUAAAUAGGCUGCAUGGGAAGUCUGGAUUCUAAAGCAAAGUCAGUUAAAGGGACACUUUAGUCACCAGAACAACUACAGCUUAUUGAAGUUGUUCUGGUGUCUAAAGCCUGUCUUUGCAGGCUGUUUAAUGUAAACACUGCCUUUUCAUAGAAAAGGAAGUGUUUACAUUACAGCUAAGGAACACCUCUAGUGGCUACUACUCAGACGGCCACUAGAGGAACUUCCUGGGUCACUGCUGCACAGCGCAUGGAGACGCUGAACUUUCCUCAUAGAGAUGCAAUGAUUCAAUGCAUCUGUAUGAAGUGAUGCUGAUCGGCCAGGGCGGCAUUUAACGUCACCUCCCACCUCGCCUCCCUGGCUGAGAUGAUCAGAAUUGACCAUCUCAGCCAAUCCAAAGCAUUGUGAUUGUCUGAGAUGAUCAAUUCUGAUGAUGUCAGCCAAAGAGGUGGAUCGGGGGCAGAGCCAGUUUGCGUUUUCAAUUUAUUUAAGGGUGGGGGAGAGCAAGGGGAACUAGCAUGUUUUUGUUCCUGACCCUAUAGGGUUCUUUAAUGAGAAUGGGCUCUAGAGUGCCACUGAAACGGAGCCUAUCUUUUUGGCCCAAGAAAUUGCGAUCAUCAGAAAAUGAGCAACUUCAAAAUAUAAGAUGGGUUCUUGACUUAUCGGAUGAAACAUGGUUACGAUGAAUGCUAAAUAUUUCAACUCAAAGAAAUAAUACUUAACACUGUGACAAUUUCAGAAGAAUUUUUGAGUACCAUGCACUGGAACCAAUAACAUUUUUAAACAUGCUUUUGAAGAUUAAUUGUAGCAGUAAUACAAAAGGUAAUGAGAAGAACAAAACAUAUAAGCAACCAAUGAAGCACAGUAAAAUAAAAUGUAUGAAAAAUGGAACAGAAGAAAGAUAAAAUAUGAAAUAAGGAAGAUAGACUAGAAAGAGAGCAUGACGAAGUAAGGUGUUCUCUGUAUGGGAAUAAAGUAAAUUAUAUUUUAAAGGCGCAGCAUUUCUAGUCAUCUAAGUGCAGGUGGUCUGGGCAAUAUUUUCCACAUGUGCAACCAGUCUAGUAUUCCGAAUAUCUGUAUACAUCUGUUUAAACUCACUUCUUGAAAAAUAUGUUUACUUAUGGCAAAAAUAAUAUUGUGCUUUUUAAGUAAAUUUUAAGUUGAACAUUUCAUGGAUAUUAUUAUGAUGAUAUUCAUUUUACACUGUGGAAACAUAAUAUAAACCAAAAAAAUAUGUAUAUAGUUAAUUUAAAGUAAAAUUAAAAGGCAAAACAUUUAUUCUAAAGCAUAUGAAUUAGAAGUAAAACAUUAAAAAAAAAUUAAAAUAUGCUAUUUACAUAUUACCAAAAUAUGCAGCUUUAAAGGAAUCUCCCCACAACUCCUAAUACAAAUCAAGUUGCUGGACUUCUAAGAUGGUUAUUUCUCAAAUUGUCCAGUUUACGGAAUAGUAUUAUAGUAUACAUGCUACUAGGAUAAAAUCUCAAUCCGGCACAAAUAGAGAAUUGUGGUCCACUGCCUGCCGAUAUAGACAAUUGAUUAGCUUUUGGGCCCCAAAUUAAAUAAGCUCUGGCAUCAGAAAUAGACAAUGAGCCAUCCUACAGCAUGCUAAAACGUACCUUGAGUUGGCCCUGUUUUUCAAAUAAUCUUCACCUGUUUCCAGCACAGCAGAAAGCUUAUUGGCUGCUAAUUUCACAUGUUUUGUGCAGCUGUGUUUAUAUUAUCAGUAGGUAGGACUGAGGGUUUGAAAAUUGUAACACAGUUGCAACAUGGCAACUACAGUGGGAAACUGGUAGAUUUUCAACUUGAAAUUUAAAAUAAUCCUUAAAGGGACACUAUAUUCAUAAAAACAACUUUAGCUUACUUAAGCAGUUUGGCUAAUAUACCAUGUCCCUACAUUCUCACGGCUCAGUUCACAUGUAGAAGUUAAAUCACUUGUUUCUGUAAAUGCAGCUCUAGCCACACCUCCCUUAGCUGUGACUCACAGCCUACAUGCAAUGGUUUAAUAUUCAAUCAGAUGUUAACUUGCUGCAUACGUUUUAACUUCUGCUCUGUAAAUUGAAAUUUAAUCAAACAUAGUAGGCUCCUGCAGAUUUAUAAAUGAAACAGAAUGUGCAAUAAAGGAAGUGUAAGCAUUAGAUUUCACUUUACAGGAAGUGUUUAGGAAGGCUAUGCACCUUACAUGCAGGGUGGUGUGACUAGGGCUGUAUAACUCCUAAACGGCAGAGAAUUGAGUAGUGAGACUGCAGGGGCAUAAUCUACACACCAAAACUGUUUCAUUAAGCUAAAGUUCAUUUGGUAACAAAAAUGUGGUAUAAAAUACCUCUUAGUGGAGCGCUAAAUAAUUUGCAGGGUAAUUGUAAAGCACCCCUACACAGACCAGGUAGAAUUAUUUAGGGCUCCACUAAGAGAUAUUUUAUACCACAUUUUUAUUGCUAUUUUAUGUAGUGUGGAUAAAAGGGUAUUCCACAUUAAGUGUUGAGCUGCUGAUCACCAAGACACUUUAUUGUACCACAUAUUACCUCCCAUCAGAGGUAAUUUUCCAGUUUUAUAGAGUUCAUUUGGUGCCAAUAGUGUCCAUUUAAAGGGAAACUAUAGUGCCAGGAAGUCUGGUAGACAGCCACUAGAGGUGGAGUUAACCCUAGCAGGUAAUUAUUGCAGUUUAAAAAACUGCAAUAAUUACAUGCUCAGGGUUAAGGGUGAUAGGAGUUUGCACCCAGACCACUUCAAUAAGCUGAAGUGGCCUGGGUGCCUACAGUGUCCCUUAAACUGAUUUAUGGUAAGACAUUUUCAAGUGACAGUGCCACCAAUCUUUACAAUUUAGACCCUUCUUUAACUAGAUAAAUUGAAUCUGAAAUGUACUUGGAAAAUCUGUUAAGAGGGUUGUCACUUUUUCUUAAAAUAUAUAAAUAAAAACAUACAUAGAUACAUAGUUAAAUGCAUACAUAAAUAAAUAUAUAUAUGGGCCAGGCUAUUGUUUGCUUGUGAUUAAUAAUAUGGUAUUACUGCCAUGCAGGAGAUUUCUCAACGUAAAAUAUGUUGGGAUUUAUUCACCAAAGACUCAAACCAAAUUACAAAAAUUAGGCACUACUCACAGAAAGAUUAAGAUCCCAGACUGCCCUUGGCAGGCUACCAAUUUGGGCCACCAUUCAUUCUACACAUAGAGGUGGUGAGUAGGACCAAACAAAUCCAUGGUUCCGGAGCCUCUGUCUAACCUCUGUGCCCUAGGCAGCUGCCUCAGAUCAAAUUAUAUUAAAUCCUGCUCUGGCAAUAAUAACUGAUUUGAAAACAUUCUCCAACCCAGCUAUAAUCACAACUUGGAUAACAAGGCCUGAAUGUUGGAAUUUGGUUUUCAAUUCUCCACAACUCCUUGUUUAGUGAAUAAGACCCUUUUAGAAACACGUACUAAUAAAGAUAAAAUAAAUAAAGGGUGUUAACACAUCAGUACCACUUCUAUUUUUCUGUAUUUAGCGCUAGUAUUAUUUUAUUAAACAAUGUGAGCUGUUAGUACAUUUUUUUAUAUAUUCACAAAGGUAUUCAUUGUGAGCUGCAGACAAUAUGUCUCUCCAGCUACUAACAUAUGUUUAUAGUGCCAAUCAGCUUGGUGCUCCUUACAAAGAGUACUGGGUUUCUCAUGGUUCUUUAUGCACACCCUCCCUGGGUGACCAUGCUUGCCGUGUUUGGCUCAUGUUGCUAGCAGGUCAUGGUCGCUCUCUGGAUGCUAUAGAACUUGCACGUAGGAAGCACUUGAGGUGAUCCUUUACUUCUUCUCCUCUUCUUAGGUUGCUCACAAUGUACCUUGCCCACCUCCACAUGGCAACCGCUUCAGAAGGCUCAUGGGGGCUAACUGAAGAGCAAAAUGUAUCCACCCAGCAGUGAUACAGCCCUCCCUUAGACUACCAUGGAGAAGAUAGAAGGACUGCAGGCCACUCACACCAGCUUUGGCUGGGCUUGGUGUGUUGACAGUGUAUCAAUAUUUGGCAGACUUUGAUUAAUGACGUUUAAUUGGCGUGGCGCAUUGUCAAUAAAAUGGUGG